AUGUCGCAGAUACAGGCGAGAUUCUUUACCCAGAAUCAGAAGUAAGUAAUACAGAAAGUACUCAGAUCUCUUCAACUGUGAUUGGAAUUAUUUUAGUUUAUGUGGCCUGUGACGCCUCGUAGACCAUUUCAUUCAAUGCUUAAUGUUUAAAUAAUCAAUGCUGUUGUGUUAUUUUACACAACCUUUUAUUAUUCAGGGCAGACCACACACAUUCCUAAACCCAUGGUUUUACUCUGUUAAUGUAUAUUUGACCAUUUUUGGCGAAUGUCUCAUGAGUGGCUUUGCUGUUUUAACAGAUCAGUUCCUGCUAGUAAUGGUUAACUUUGUGGAUUGCAAUUCUUAAGAUUCUAAGCCAACCAGAACUACAGUAGUGCCAAAGGUCCUUUUUUUUUUUUUUUUUAAAUCCAUGUUAUAUGAUAUAGUCUGUUGCUAAAAUAACCUUCCUGGGAGAUAUUCUUUUACCUGGAGUUCUUUGGGAGUCAUCUUUGCAAGAAAAAAUAAUUUUUGGCCAUGCCCAGUAUAUUACCAGAAUAUUAUAUGCUGUUUAUGUAUCAUACAAGCAAAUGUUCCUUUUCCGUAUUCAUCCAAUUGCUAGAUAUUUAAUUACCAAAUAGGCAAGCUUGUUAUUAUAUUUCAUCGUGUUAUAUUAUAUAUGUGUAAUAUUUGAAGAAAAUAUUUGUUCGAAUUAAGAAUUAACACAUUUUUAUAUCACAAUUUGUUUUAGGCAUAGGAUCGAUGAUGUUCCAUUCUCCAUUCCAGCUUCUGCUGAUACUACAGAUCUUAGUAAUGUUAUCAACAAAGUUCUUGAAAGCAAGAAGGGUAAGAGAUUGUCUAAUGAUCAGAGACUUAACUAUGUAAACCUUAAUGAAUAUGAAACAUAGCACAUAUAAUUAUGGAUAAGUGUUUAUCUCUCAAGCCAUGUGUCAUUGGAUCAUAAGUCUGUAAGGGAAGCCAUUAGAAAACUGUGCAAGAGGUGAGACAGAUGGCUAUUCUAUUAUGAUGCAUUGGGAUACAUUUUUUUUUUUUAAAGAUUCUUUAUUUUCAUUUUCAGGUUUCAUUUGCACAUUUGAACAUUUUGUACAGAAAGAAGAAAAGAACGGGGUGGUUAUUUGGGAGAAACUAGUUUGGUACGACAUUAGUUCGUUUGCUUUCGUGUCUGGCACUUUGGGCCGAAGCAUCAUUACUAUCCCGUCUGUCGCGGAUCCCUGUUUGUAGGGAGUCGUAUAUUCAGCUCCUCUGUUUGUGUUGUUAGUAUUCAUGCUUCAAUGAGGAGGUCGUAGUUGGGGUGCUGAGCGUUGUGUUGGUCUUAUUAGUUAACUGUCUGAGGAUAGUAUGGCGCUUGUAUAUCUGUUCCGCCAGGGUUGUCAUGGAUGGUCGUUUUUAGGUGGGGGUUGGCGUCAGUGUAGGUUGCUGCUGCAGGGUGGUUAGUUGUGUGGCAUUGGGCAGCAGUACCUGACUCGUGAGUAAGGUCACAAGUCAGGGGAUGGGUAAGGAAGGGGGGGUGGGUGUGUCGGGGGUGGGGGGAGGGGGAAAGAGGGGGUGUUCGAUGGGGCUGGUGGUAGGGUGCUGCCCUCCUGGUUACCCCCCGGAGCUCCGAUUUGGUGGAUUGGGUUGGGGGUUGGGUAGAUGGGCUGCAUUUUGUCUUUUGUUAUGGGUUGAUGUUGGUGGAGUGGGUUGUGUGGUAGCCUUGUAUCACCAUGGGAGUGCGUUGUGUCCUUCUAGCCAUGGGUCCCAUACUUUAUGAAAUGAGUUUGGGGUGUCAUGGACCUGUGCUGUCAGCUUAUCCAUGGCUAUGUUGUCAGUUAUUUUAGUGUUUAUUUGGAGUUGAGUGGGUAUGUGUGGUGUGGACCAAGUUUCCGCUAUAGCUCUGCGUGUGGCCAGUGCUAUUCUAGCUAUGAGUUUGUUUUCAUUGCGGGUGAAGGUAUCAAUGGGCUUAGAGAGUAGGAGGGCCCAGGGGUCCAGGGGUAUUGGCUUGUUAAGGAUUCUGGUUAAUAGUGUUGUAAUUGUUUUCCAUAGAGGAGUGAGUUUGGGGCAUGUCCACCAGCAGUGGAGGAAAGUGCCGGUUUCACCACACAAUUUCCAGCAAAGGUUAUUGGGUAAUUGGUUCAUUGCCUUCAGGCGGAGGGGGGUGAGGUACCACCUAAAGAGCAUUUUGUAAGCUUGCUCUUUGUGGGUGACACAGAUUGAUAUGGAUUUUAUGGAUGCCCAUAUGUCUGCCCAUUCGGUGGGAUCCUCAAGAGGUCCCAGGUCGUUUUCCCAUGCUGCUAUGUAAGGAAGGGCCACCUGAGUGUGGUGUGUGGUUAAUGUUAUGUAUAGGUUUGAAAUUUGGCUCUUUCUGGCUGGAGAGCGGAGGGUAUCCCUCUCAAACUCAGUUAGGGUCGAGGUGGCUGCCAUGCGUACCGUAUCCGUUGCUGCAAAGCUUCGGAGUUGGAGAUAUCGAAAGUAGUCGUAGGUGGUUAGGGAUUCAGGGUUGGGGAUUUCUGAGUAUUGUAGGAGCUUACCAUUGGGGUAGAGAUGUCCUAGUCGGACUAUGUCUCUGUCCUCGAAGUGGGCGUAGUGUCUUGGUGUGAGGCCUGGUGGGAACAUUUUGUUGCGGAGAAUCGGUGUGAGGGGCGAUAGGCCCGUGGAGAGAUCAAACUUAUCGCUGAGGCGAUCCCAGAGAUCUAGGGAGUGAGUGAUCGUUGGUGACGUGGGUGGUGGCAGUGGUCUGUAUGGUUUUGGGGUCCACAUAUAUUGGGAGGGAUGGUCCCAGCCGAAGAUGAGGUGUUCCAGGUCUACCCAUCGUUUGUGGGCAGGGGGGAGGUGCCAGUGCUGUAUUUGUGUUAGGUGUGCGGCGUGUAGGUAGUGUGUGAGAUUAGGGAGGCCUAGCCCUCCGGAAGGCUUGGGUACGUAUAGUGUGGAUCUGCGGACUCGGGGUCUCAUUCCAUUCCAGAUGUAUCGGUCUAUGGCUGUUUGCAAGUGUUUGAGGUCUGAUUUUUUACAGGGGAUGGGAAGCGCUUGGAAGGCAUAAAGGAAUUUAGGUAGGAGAUUCAUUUUGACCGACGCUAUUCUUCCGAGCCAGGAGAUGGACAUCGGUUUCCAGCGUUCUAGGUCCGAGUACGCUUUGUGCAGGAGGGGGGGAUAGUUGGCAGUGUAUAGAGUGGUGGUGUCGUUGGUGAUUUGGAUACCUAGGUAUGUGAUCUCUGUUGGGCAGAUAUGGAAGGGGAAGUUACUUCUCAAGGUGGAGGUAGUGAUAUUGUUGAGGUUUAGCGGCAUGAGGUCUGAUUUUGUGGCAUUUAAUUGAUAUCCUGAAAUCGUUGAGUAUUCUUGUAGGGUUGACAUUAGGGCCUCUAGGGUUGGGAGGGGGUUAGUUAGGGUUAGGAGGAUGUCGUCUGCGUAUGCAGCGACGGUGAAUGUUUCGUCCCUUAUCCUGAUUCCCUCGAUUUGUGGGUUGAUCCGUAUGGCCUCUAGGAGGGGUUCGAGGGAAAUGGCGAAUAAGAGGGGGGAGAGGGGGCAUCCUUGACGGGUGCCGUUUAGUAUCGGGAAGGAGGGGGGGGUGAUGUUGGGGAUUAGAAGUUGGGCAGUAGGCGUAUGAUACAUGGCUUUCAGGAAUUGGGUAAAUUCUGGCGGGAAUCCGAAUUUAUGGAGUACUGCAUAAAGGUAGGGCCAGAGGAGGCGAUCAAACGCCUUUUCGGCGUCCAGGGAUAGUAUGAUCGCUGGGAGGCGUUUUUGGUUGGCGUACCAUAUUAGGUCAAUGGUUCUCCGCGUGUUGUCUUGUGCUUGUCUUUGUGGUAUGAAGCCUACCUGGUCCGGAUUAAUGAGUUUCGGUAGGUAGGGGUUAAGUCUAGUUGUCAUGACUUUGGUCAGUAUUUUUAGGUCAAUGUUUAGGAGGGAAAUGGGGCGGUAGUGGCCUGGUUCGUCGUGGGGUUUUCCUGGUUUGGGUAAGAGAGUGAUGUUAGCUUGUGUCAUGUCAGCGGGUAGUGGCUCCCCUUGUAGCAUCGCAUUAAAGACUUUGCUUAGUCUGGGUGUAAGUAUGUCCCCGAAGGAUUUAUAGUAGAUGGCCGUUAACCCGUCGGGGCCUGGGCUUUUAUUAGGUUUCAGGGUCUUUAUUGCCGCUAUUAUUUCCUCUGGAGAGAUGUCUGCUGCUAUCCUCGAUCUGGCGUCUUCGGUGAGGGAGGGGAGGGAGAGCCUCCUAAGGAGGUUAUCCGUUUGGGAUUGGAUCAAUUCUGUUGGGGGAUCUGGGGUAUGGUUGUAUAGAGAGGUGAAGUAGUGUCGGAAGACUUCCCCUAUCGUGUGUGGUAUGUCGCUCAUCGCACCGUUUGAAGUGCGGAUUUUUGUGAUACGCUUUGUUUCGGUCAAGUUUUUGAGGCGCUUUGCUAGCAUGGAGUCUGCUUUAUUGCUUUUCUCGUAGUAUUUUUGUUUGGUCCAUGCUAGAGCUUUAGUGGUAGCUGCAAGAGAGAGGCUUUUGAGCAGGGACCUGGCUGUUGUGAGUUGUUCAAGGUGUAAAGGGGUCGGGUUGCGUUUGUGGAGGGUUUCUAGUCGGCCUAUUUCGGUUAUGGUUUCCAUUAAUAGUUUGUUGUGUUGUUUUUUACGUGCAGUCGCUAGAGCUAUCAAUUUGCCCCUUAUUACCGGUUUAUGGGCCGCCCAUAACGUGAUUGUGGAGGAUACAGAGGGGUCAUUUAGGGUGAAGUAUUCUGUGAUGUCUUUUGCAAUGGAUAUGGUCACUAGUUUGUCUUGAAGAAGUUGUGAGUUGAGUUUCCAUGUCCAUGGGCGUAACAUGUUUGGGAUGGAGAGGGUUAGGGAGAUGUCGGCAUGAUCCGACCAGGUGAUGUGACCAAUGGAUGUGUGUGUGAUUCGCGAGGUGACGUUUGGAGAAACCAGAAAGUAGUCAAUGCAGGAGUAGGUGUUGUGGGGGUGGGAGUAGUAUGUGAAGUCUAGGGUUGACGGGUGUUGGGCUCUCCAGAUGUCUAAUAGGGUGUGUGUAUUUAGAAAAUUGGAGAAGAGGGUGUCGUUUACGGAGGAUCGUGGUUCAUUCCGGGGCCUGGCAGUGCGGUCCAGGGUUGGUUGAUGUGUGGCAUUGCAGUCACCGCCUAUGAUGGUGAAUGUGGCACGGUGUGCUGUUAGGUGGGCGGAGAAUGUUUGCCAGAACAGUGGUUCAGGGGUUGUAGGGGCGUAUAGGGAGGAGAUGGAGUAGGUCGUGGGGCCUAUUCUGCCGGUGAGUGUGAGGUACCUCCCGUGUUUGUCCGGGAAGGCCUGGAUGUCGGUCAGUGGGCAUGAUGAUUUGAGUAUGAUGGCCACCCCUUUGGUUUUUGCAUCCGGCGAGUUAGCGAGGAAGGUGCGGUUGUAGUGUUUGUUCUUGAGUGGGAAGUGUUUAUGGGGGGUGAAGUGGGUUUCUUGGAUCAUAAGGAUGUCCGCUUUUUGGCCGUGAGCCCAGCGUAGAAGGGAGUGUCGUUUUUUAGGGUUAUUGAGGCCUUUAGCGUUUAUGGAGACACAAUGUAGAUUAAGUGGCAUGGUACGGGUUAUAUCGCUCGUAGAGCGUGACUUGUGGAAGAGGGGUACUAUGGUCAAGAGGGGGUUUUGGAGCCCAGGUGGUCCCCAGAGGGCAGCGUUGGGACUUAGUGGGGCGGGUGAAGUGGGGUAGAGGGUGGGUUUGCUGGGCUUACUACGGUUGCCAGCAAGGGUGGACUGUGUUGUCCGCGGUCUCUCGGGCCUGGAGGGUCCAAGGCCGGCGGUACUGGUCUAGUCGCGGGGGGAGAGGUGGUCGUCUACUUCAGGGCAUGUGGCAGGCAAUUUUCUGUUUCGUUUGGGCAGUCGUAACUUAUAACAGAACUUAGGUGGGGUCAACUUAGGAUGCAACAGGUGGGAGUCAGGUUUUCCCCCGAUCCCUGCCUCCUCCCUCCAAGUGUCCAGGGCCGGAGGGGGGUGAGGGCAUGGGGUUAGGUGAUGUUGAGGAGUAGGUGGGGGCUGAUCUCCUGAGUCCUGCUUGAACUAUUUACAUGUCGAGCCGCACCCCUUAUCGUCUUUUAGGUCUUGUUGAGUGGUGUGUUAGUAAUUCUGUUGGUGUGGGUGUUGUUAGUGUGGUGCAUGGGUCGGGCUCCAGUAAGUGUGGUCCCUCUAUGGGAUAUCGUCUGGCACAGCAAGAGUGGUUAUGAGCUAUGGGUUUUCAGCAUGCACUUUCCUCCGGCUGUGGAGCCGUCACGGCCCGCCACCCCCCCCGCCCCAAUGAGGGGGGGGGGGAAGGCCGCCAGGGCCCCAGGCCGUCCGCUCCCUCCCGCAACUCGUCCCCAGAUGUUGGGCGCUCCCCUUGUGUGUAGCGACAAUACUCGAGGACAAUGCUUCAUCUUGUAUUCCCCUGGGGCCUCCCCCCUCCACGGAGCCAGGACCGCCGGCCCCCACCGCCAGGGGAAGGGAGUGGAAGGCCACUGGGGCCGCCCACCCCCCCCCAGGCGCGGGGCCCAAGGCGCCCCCAACCCCGCGGCCGUCGUCAAGCUAAGGGACCAGUCCCGAGCGCCUCCUAGGGUGCACUCCUUCCCCGGGGUCCGGGGCCCCCAACAGUCCCCCCUCCCCACCGCCCUUCCCCGCACCCAGGCCCAGAGUGUCCCAUUGUGGGUCUUACUGUGCGCCCAAUGUCAGUUGAGUUCAUGUGGCACUUCAUCUUGUGAGCUGGGGAGUGAACAACCCUCGGGGGGAGUCCUCUCCCGGUGCUGCCGAGGGGAGCGGUGCAGCAUUCCGGCUUGCCACGUGGUCUUGCCGGAGGGCAACAGGUCCAGGGUCAGGCGGAGGGGAGCCCGGUGGUGAACUGUGCCAGCGGUGGGCGCGAUCAUUGAGGUCUGCAGAUCUCCGGUAUCACCCCGGGCCCCUUAGAGGCAGUCCAUGCACUGCUGGUGUGUUGAUUCGGUUGUCAUCUGGUGCCGGGGUGCCGGAAUAUGCAUUGGGAUACAUUUUAAUGUGGAUAAGUGCAAGAUAACGCAUCUUGGACAUAAAAACCCAAGGGCAGAGUACAGAAUAUUUGCGAGUCCUAACCUUAACAUCUGAGGAAAGGGAUUUAGGGGUGAUUAUUUCUGAUGACUUAAAGGUAGGCAGACAAUGUAAUAGAGCAGCAGGAAAUGCUAGCAAAAUGCUGGGUUGUAUAGGGAGAGGUAUUAGCAGUAGAAAGAGGGAAGUGCUCAUGCCACUGUACAGAACACUGGUGAGACCUCACUUGGAGUAUUGUAUGCAGUACUGGAGACCGUAUCUUCAGAAGGAUAUUGAUAGUUUAGAGAGAGUUCAGAGAAGGGCUACUAAACUGGUUUAUGGAUUGCGGGGUAAAACUUACCAGGAAAGGUUAAAGGAUCUUAACAUGUAUAGCUUGGAGGAAAGACGAGACAGGGGGCAUAUGAUAGAAACAUUUAAAUACAUAAAGGGAAUCAACACAGUAUAGGAGGCGACUAUAUUUAAAAGAAGAAAAACUACCACAACAAGAGGACAUGGUCUUAAAUUAGAGGGACAAAGGUUUAAAAAUAAUAUCGGGAAGUAUUACUUUACUGAGAGGGUAGUGGAUGCAUGGAAUAGCCUUCCAGCUGAAGUGGUAGAGGUUAACACAGUAAAGGAGUUUAAGCAUGCGUGGGAUAGGCAUAAGGCUAUCCUAACUAUAAGAUUAGGCCAGGGAUCUAAUGAAAGUAUUUAGAAAAUUGGGCAGACUAGAUGGGCCGAAUGGUUCUAAUCUGCCCUCACAUUCUAUGUUUCUGUGUGUUUGUUAGUUGACAAUGAUAAGAUACACGAGUGUUGGGUAGUGUACCACUGAUGAAUCUGGCUUUCAAAACAGCAAAACAUAAUUUGUCUCUUGGCAUGCCAGAACUAUAAAAAUGUGCUGUCCAAAUACAUCAUACUGCUUGUGAUUGACUCUUUAAUAUAAAAAUCUUUGCUAAGUGUUUUUGUACAAUGUAUUUGUCUGUUUUUAUUGUCCAGUCCUCUUUGUUGUAAGCUUAUGGAUGGUCUUAUGUAGUACUUUUCCAAAGGUGAUUCAAGCAUUGAUUUAAAGCCUGUGGGCUUACUUCUACUCCAUUUUCUAUCAGUGUCUUAUUUUCUAUAUCUCUUUUAAACCUAUCUUUGUCCAUUUUUUAUAUAUGACCCACUCCAAGCACCAUGACAGCUUCAUCACAAUUAAGUUGUAAUGGUGUCAGGAGGCCCUGGCACCAUCUUACUUAAAUGGGGUAAACCUUUAAUGAAUGGUUUAACUCCAAACUUUUGUAAACAUGGCUGCUCUCUGUGCUCAGCUAUGUCCUUCAGUGACUUUAAUCAGGUAGCAUCGGACUGGGCCAGCUAGCUCCUCAUUCAGAAAACUGAAUGAAAAAAAUGUUGCGAGCAAUGGCUGUAGGAAUAAGAGAUUUUCUCACUCAAUGAGACCUAAUAUCUAUAACGGCUCUUGUGGUCUUCCAGGAUUCUCCAUUGAUAUCAGUGUUGUACUCUUGCUCAUGGCACUGUCCGCUGUGGACAGCGUCCGGUAAGUAUAACUCACCUCAGCUGAAUCCCUUGUCUCCACACAACAUAUGGCGAUGUCACCAUUGGGGGUCUUGGAAAAAUAUACAAAUAUCCCAGAAGAUAACAGAGCCGUUUUUAAUGUUUUCUGCAUAGCUCUGUUUGUCACUUGAAUAAUUGAGGAUAUUCUCAUGUAAACUAUUAUAUUUAUGGACACAAAGUAUUUAUGACUUUUUUAUCAAAAAAUCUGAUUUGAUUUUAUGUGGUUUUAAUUUUACAGAUGAUCACGCACAUGUGGAGUUUGAUUUCCUCGUCAAGGGGCAGUUCUUGCGGUUGCCUCUUAUCAAGCAUAUGGAUGCCGAGGGGAUUUCUACUGUAGGUGGCAUGACAAAUCUUUAUCAGUUCUUUUUUAAGUGAGAGGUUUUUUUUGGGUUCAGUUCACAUAUUUUAAUAAAUAUUACCUUUUAUAAAAGCCUACAUACAUCUCUUUCACACACGAAAUAAAAAGGGACACUCUGGAGCCCUAAAGCACUUUAGCCUGCUGAAAUAUAUAUUUUUUUCCUGCUAAGGAAAACCGGAAUGCAAAGUUUACAUAAUUGCAAACCUUUUGCAAUGGUUUUGGUUCUUAAAGUGCUACUGUCAUUUGGUUUGAUCUGUAAGCCUUUGUAGGACUCAAACACCCUAAGGCUAGGUUGGCAAACUUUUUAUACAGAGCUAUUUGCAGGGUGCUUCAUCAAUUUGCAAAUUGACUAAUAUUUUUUUUGGGGGGGCAAAGGAAACUUGGUAUUUAUAAAAGUAGGGGGAGAAUGUGAUAAGUAAUAAUAUGGUAAAGAAUGGUCUGCUUCCUAUUUUUUAAAUGCUUCUAAUGUCCAGAGUAAAACUAGAAUUUAGUUUAUUACCAGACCAUUAAAGGAUCUGGAAUCGUUUGCAAUCACGUGUGUAGAAGUUGUUUAUGUAACAGAAUAAUCUUUUACAAUUUUGUAUUUUAUUGAUUGAAUAUGUUAUUGUUUCUGUGUACAGCAGAAUUUAGGAGGACGUUUGCUGUCAGCAAUGUGUGUAAUUUGCGGUCUAUUGAUGUUGUACAAUGAAUGCAACAGAAUAGAGUCCAAAAAGCACACACGUUUCCUGCUACUUAACCAGAAAGCUAAAAAUCAGGAUUUUCUUUUUCUUUUAAACCGUAUUUUUCUGUUAUAAAAUUGAUCUUUAUUUUAUUUCCUUUAUUCUUUCUUUCACCCCAGGAAGAGGUAGUUGAAAUUGAAUAUGUGGAAAGGUUUACAGCUCCCCAGCCGGAGGAGUGCAUGCUCCACGAUGAUUGGAUCAGCUCUAUUGCGGGCUCAGAGGAGUGGUAAGUUAGUUGUGGUUUUUCUUUCAUUGAAUCUUUUUGCUAAUCUAUUACUUGAAAUUUCUCUCUGGGCCACAUGUGCAGUACAAAGUGGAAGGGGGGAUUAGAAGUAGUCUCCACAAGAGGCAGAAAUCUAAAUACAAUCGUCUUUAUUUAAAAAAAAAAAAACUAAAUGCUAAUCAUUUGCCAAAACCAAACCCUGCUUGUAAUAUAACCCUCAAUAACACCACGUCUGCCUGCAUUUUACAAUUCUGUUUUUGUUUUAAUACAGUACAGUCUUUAGUAAAUACUCUCUAUGUAUAAUUUUAGAUUUUUCAGGGUGUUUUUUUUGAGCUGGAAAAUAAAUGAGUGGUAGAAAGUGGUGCUUAUAAAGGGAUUUCGCCUCAAUAUUUGCAAUACACUAAUAAAUUUAUGGUUUAGUGAACGGGUCAUUCACUAAAAUGGCACCUAAAAAAAGAUUUAUGUGAACCAGAAAUUGUGGGGAUCUGACAUGGGAAUUGCAACCUUUUAGGGCAAAGUAGACACAUUGAAAGUAUUGUUUAGUGGAUAAUUACUGUAGUGGUUAGGGUGCUUAGAUGAUCACUUUUAGGAUUACUACAAUUGGGCUGCAAAUACUUGCUAAGCAGUCAACAAAUUGCUAAUCUGGCAAAUUGGCAACCCCAAACAGCAAAAAUAUGGUGUCUCAUAGACCCAAAAUAACUUCUUUGCUGUAGCAACGCUGCUUUCCUAACAGCUAUGUAGAGUGCUUUAACACAGCUUUGUUUGUUUUCUUUUUAUAUUUUCAUUUUGGCUAUAGGUUCCUCUAUUCUUGGCUGCAAUAAAUGUAAAUUAAUUUAUAUAUUUUUACCGUGAGUUACAGGAGCCUGUUCCACUUCUAUGAGUGGCCAAGUUUAUACCUAGUAAUUUUGCAUUGACAGUUGGCCAAUAAAAAUGAUUUAUCUUACUUCCUGAGCUGUAUUGAUAAUUAACUUUUCAUCACUAGGAUUCUAACUGGGUCUUAUGACAAGACUGCCAGAAUAUGGUCGCUGGAAGGAAAGCCAAUUAUGACGAUUGCUGGUCACAAUGAGGUUGUUAAAGAUGUUGCCUGGGUGAAAAAAGGUAAGUGUCGCCUUUGUAUUGUGAUGGAGGAUGUGUUGGCACUUAAAGGAACACUUCAAGUACCAUAACUAGUACAUCAUGCUGCAGUGGUUAUGGUGCCAGUAGUACCCUUGCACCCUUCAAAUGUAAGUAGUCAAGCGGUUUUACAACUGUUUGCUUAUUAACUUGGGUUACAUUGGGUGCCGCUCCUUGCCAUUUCUCAUCAGCUCUGGAGAGCUUGAAGCUCGUACUUUGGGCUACCGUUAGCUCAUUGGUUGGGAGCAUCACCUGAUAACCCCCAGCCUGUGAUCUAAGCACUGCACCUCGGAGCUGAGGUCAGGCAGAGAGCUUGUAGUGGUUAUGGUGGUUGGCAUGUUCCUUUUACCAAACUUGUUUGAAAUAAGCAGUGCGGCUUAUUCUUUACACUGCAAGGAAUGCAUGUACAAGGACAGGAUUGAACAAUGAUGUGCAAAGCCAUGCCUCCAGAAUACAAAUCGCUGACUCCUUUCUCAAAUGUCAAAUUGUAUUGUGUGUAGACUAGAAAACCAGAGUUUGCCUUUUAAAUGUGUCAGUCUAGUUCUUUUGUAAUUGGGCCUGUGUGAAUCCUCCAUGUGAGCUCCUCAUUUGUAUGUAUACUGAUCAUUAUUUAGUGUUUGUGUGUCAGAAGAUUAUAUAUUAUGGUCAUCCAAUUUACAGGAAACAGGUUUGUUUUUAUCUAUUUGCACAGAUGUGUAGAAGACCAAUAUUGAAAUAAUUUCACUUGGGCAGAAACUUGUAUAGUCAUCAUUACGAGCAUUUCCUUGUGUAUAUACGUGCAUUUUACGCUCUCUUCCUUUGUAUAUGAAUUCAUCUAUUUAGUUGUCAUUCUAAAGGAUGACAAUAUGACUUUUAAAUAUAUUUAAACUAAUAUGAGAUGAAAUGUUAAAGGACCACUAUAGUGCCAGGAAAACAUACUCGUUUUCCUGGCACUAUAGUGCCCUGAGGGUGCCCCCACCCUCAGGGUCCCCCUCCCGCCCGGCUCUGGAAAGGGGAAAGGGGUUAAAACUUACCUUUUUCCACCGUUGGGCGGGGAGCUCUCCUCCUCCUAUCCUCCUCCGUUCCUCCUCCUGGGCUGAAUGCGCACGCGCGGCAAGAGCUGCGGGCGCAUUCAGCCGGUCACAUAGGAAAGCAUUCAUAAUGCUUUCCUAUGGACGCUGGCGUGCUUUCACUGUGAAAAUCACAGUGAGAAGCACGCAAGCGCCUCUAGUGGCUGUCAAUGAGACAGCCACUAAAGGCUUUGGGGGAAGGCUUAAUCCAUUAAUAAACAUAGCAGUUUCUCUGAAACUGCUAUGUUUAUGAAAAAAUGGGUUAACCCUAGCUGGACCUGGCACCCAGACCACCUCAUUAAGCUGAAGUGCUCUGGGUGCCUAGAGUGGUCCUUUAAAGUAAAUGGUUAUUGUUUUUAGUGAUCAUGGUUUCCUCUUGCAGAUAGCCUUUCCUGCCUGCUUUUGAGUGCGUCAAUGGAUCAGACCGUCAUUUUGUGGGAGUGGAACGCAGAACGUAACAAAGUAAAGGCUUUGCAUUGCUGCAGAGGUCAUGCAGCUAGUGUGGACACCAUAGCAGUGGAUGGAUCUGGGACUAAAGUGAGAUCCUUGUUAUUGUUUGUAUCCUGUUCGUAUGUCCCAUUUAACCAAAUUAUCUAUUAAAAUAACUUUUUGUAUAUAGACUAAUAGGGGUAUAUUAGUCAUGUAGCAUUGGGGUCUUCUCAUUCAAGGCAUGCAAAUAUGCAGCAUCCUUAUCUACAUUUGUAUCCCUGUGAGGGUCUCUUUUUUUUUUUUUUAACAACUGAUAUGUACAUUUUUAGUAGCGUUGUUAUAUCUCUUAUGAGUUACAAAAUAUCCCUUCUAGUGCCUGGGUGGCCUGUCUACUUUAGGGGAAUUUAUAUUUACUGUCACACAACCAUUAGUAGCUCCAGGAAAUCGCAGGUCUACUCUACACAACCGUCAGUAGGUCUAGGAAAUCGCAGGUCAACUCUACACAACCGUCAGUAGGUCUAGGAAAUCGUAGGUGAACACAACCAUCAGUAUCUCCGUGAAAUCGCAGAUCUAUGAUCGAGCCUCUAAUGCUGUCUCAAUCUUAGGCCACUGACAUUAAACCAUAUCCUAUAUAUGCAUUGAUAUCUUUAUUAAUCUACUAACAUUGUUUAAAUGUAAGGCAUAUAAUGCUAGGGUUAGUAGUGACUGAUGGCUGAUACAAAUAUGCACAUGGUUUGUAAUACCAGCGUUCUUUCUUAAUCAUUUUAUGAUGACACCUUUUUCUUGUUCCUUCAGUUUUGCAGUGGCUCAUGGGAUAAGAUGCUGAAAAUAUGGUCCGCAGGUUAGCAUCUGUUAUGUCAUGCAGGAUGUAUUUAGGAAAUUGCAGUUAUCUGAUGGAUUUAUGGAAAACAUGUUUUAUUGUCAUUACACUCUCCUUCUCGAGGAGGGUAUAUUUCUUAUGUUUUUUUUUUUUUUUUUUUUUUUACCUUGAACCUUCAGGUUGUUUUGAUGGUAAAUAAUGGUAUUAUAACCUAAUAAUUGCUAUAAUUUACCUUCACUUCUUUUAAUUCGGGCUUGAUAUUCUUCCAUAUUAUCUGACAUGUUAAUUAAUUUGUUAAUAACCUGUAAAGAUUAGAAAUGGAAAUAAUCCUGGUUAGUGAAGACUCUAAUGGGGAAAAAAAACUUUUUUAAACACAUCGACGCUAUUACUUUUAUAUUGAAAAUAUUUAGUAUUCAAUGCCAUCACAUGCACAUGUGUCUUUCAUUUGCAUAUAUGUACACAUGUAACUUAAAAGGAGGUGAGCAGUAAUUAUUUCAGAAUCUGGAGUAAAUAUUUAAUUUUUAAGAUUUUAUUCAAUUUUUUUGUGACAAGGGUUGUGUAGUUUUAAAUGUUUUUUUGGGCUGUGAUGAUACCCAAAGUUAAGGGGGUAGGUGUGAUAUAUUGCCUGCCUGUGACACUGAUUGAAAACACCUCUGUUUGCAGUUCCCACAGAAGAGGAGGAUGAAGUCGAGGAGACUCCGGGACGUCCUAGGAAGAAACAAAAAACUGAGCAACUGGGGCUAACAAGGGUAUGUCCUUGAUUAAGGCCUUCAUGGGCCAGGAGCUGCAUAUGUGAUGGGUCUAAUGAGAGAAAUGUAAUGUACAGAUCAAUUGCCAUUUUAACUGUUAUAGAUUAUGGUCUUGAUUUAAAAUUUUAGGAAAAAUUUUUACAAUGUUUUUUUUAAUUUAAAUAUUAAAAUAUCAAAUAUAUCCUAUAUAAAAAUAUACCUUUUUAUUUAAAAUAUAUAAAAAUCUGAAGGGGGGGCGUGGCCGACCGCCGAGCAACCUGGCAGCUUAGGAAAUUGCUCCGGCACCCGGGCUCUCAGAAUCUGACGACAUCGUCUCCCAGGGUUCAGAAAACCCUCACAAUACACAAGAUGGCGAACCCCAAAGGGAAGAAGAGCACGCAGAAAGCUGAAAAACAAAAUUUUUUCAACCACAAAAACGCGAGUGGUCCAGAAACCGACCGCGGCACAAUCCAAGAUGGCGCUGACGAACAAACGGCGGGAAACAUCCCAAUCACGGGCUCAUCUCAUGAUAGCCAGGAAAACCUAACCAAACUCAUACAAACAUGGCAAUCCUCCAUAGGACAACUCCGCAAGGAAGUCCAGGACAUUGGCAACAGAACCACAGAUGUGGAAAAUACAUUGAGCGAGUACGUAACAGCGCACAACGACAUGGCCGAUCAUGUGGCGUGGCUGGAACAAAAAAUUGAAACAAUGGAGGCACGUAUGGCUGAUGCUGAAGAUCGCUCGCAGAGAAACAACCUCAGGCUACGAGGAGUUCCGGAGAGCAUCAUGCCGAAUGACCUACAAGCCUACGUGCAAGGCCUUCUGAGGGCGUACGCUCCGGACAUACCCAUGGAUAUGUUCCUAAUAGAUCGAGUACACAGGGUGCCUAAACCACGCAAUCUGCCUGAUACUAUCCCUCGAGACGUCCUACUGAGGGCACACUAUUACCACAUAAAAGAGGCAGUACUGCGUGCUAGCAGAAACCACACAGAACCGCAUGAGACCUAUGCAAUGAUCAAGAUCUUAGCAGACCUGUCUGCGGCGACUCUCAAACGCAGGAGAGAUUUCCACCCGGUGACAGAAGAAUUGCGUCGCGCUGGAAUCAGAUACCGCUGGGGAUACCCCACUAAACUAAUAAUUACUAAAAACGGCGAGCUCAACAUGGCUUACACGCCGGACGAAGGCACCCGACUAUUGAGAGACUGGGGGCUCCUCACAAACCCCCCCACGACUCAAGCAAGUCCAACAAGACGUCUGACACCAGAAUGGCGCCAAGCCUCAUCACGGACCAUGUCGCCAUGACCUACCCGAGGGACUAGGCCGUCAAGGCCAUAACCAGGGACACGUGAGAUAUUAAUAUGUACUGCUAAUUUCUAUCACAAGUUUUUAGUUUAAGUUUUCGUGAGGUUAACUGCUUUGAUUAGCAUUUUAUUUACCACAUAACUAAAUUACACUAUGCAUGAUUUGUUGGAUGCUGGCGGGUGGGGCGCCCCCAUGGGUGACAAUCAGGGUAAACUCCGGGCAACAAGGAGGGCCUGUAUAGUACAGGUAAAGAAGGGACCGACUACCAGAGGUGAUCCUGAUAUCUAAGUGUUAACUGUAAUUGCUGCUGCUAUGUAUAAACAAUAAUGGUAUUUCAAGGACGCAAAAAGACGCAUAACGAUUAUGUAGGUUGUCAGAACAAUGCGUAUAGCAAGAUAAUUGUAAAUCAUACCACACAAGCAACUAUUGCUUUGACUAGCGCGUCAAGCUCACUGCAACCGUGCCACCCCACCUCACUACACAGCUUUGUACAAUACACUCACAAGCUAUGCUGUGAGAACCGCGAUACCGCAUCAUAUCACAAAGAUUGACAUGACAGGUGGGAUAACCACGCUAGAUGUCAAAGCGGUAAACUGUACAAUGCCCCAUUAAACCUUCACUUGGGUCAGGCUUGACCUUUCACCUAUGUACACCUGCCAGCACUAAGACACCGUGCACAUUACCUUGGUCGCUAUUGAAUUAAGGCUCUGAGGAGAGACGGCAACUAUGUAACCAAGAGGGCCCAACGGCCACAAUACUAGAGACGCUGUUUAAGUGUCCCUCCCCCAUGGCACAACGCCACAGUGCCAAGACCCACGUUUGGGUCAAAUUGUAUAUACUUUGGUUUCUAUCACCCCUUCCCCCUGUCAUUCCUGAACCUCUCACUCCCGGGCACAACAAUGUAGUCGCGCAGGCGCCGACUAUGAGGCACACCAAACGAACCCCGUCCAAUCUACAAUUCCAUAUAGGCAAUGCAGAACCGCAAACGAGCACCACUUAUCACCCACCUAUCGCAUGAAAAUAUACUCACACAACUGCAGGGGACUGAACACCCCACAUAAGAGGUGCAUGAUGCUGGAGGAAGCCAAGCAGAUUCAGGCGGCAAGCCCGGACUGGCCAUCGGGCAUACCGGGCAAAUGCCCGGUGGGCCGCGAUGGCCCCCCGGCGGCUCCUGCAGGGCCAGCGCUACCCGAGCGUCGGCCCUGCUGUGUGUCUCCAUGGGCCGGUGGGGAGAUCAAAGAUCUCCCUUUACCGGCCCAGAGACACUUCCAGGCGGCUGCUUGCUGGGGUGUGAGGGAGGGAGGGAGGAGAGGACCGGCGGAGCUCUAUCCAGCAGCUCCGCCGGGUCCUCUCGCGGGAUUCUGAGCGUUGCCGCGGUUACCACGGCAACGCUCAGAUCUCGCGAGAGUGAACUCUAGCCUACAGGCUAGAGUUCACGCUCACCACUAGGACCACCAGGGAUCAGGCAGCAUGGCUCUCCUCCCACGGCAGAACGGCUCCCCCCCUUCCCAGGCUAAAGGUAAGAAGGGAGGGGGGGGGGAAUUUAACUUUUUUAAAAAUUAUUAUUAUUAUUAAUAAAUAAAAAAUUAAUUUAAAUUAAAAAAUCACACUCACACACACACAGCACCCCCAGACACACACAGCACCCAAAGACACACACAGCACCCAAAGACACACACAGCACCCAAACACACACACAGCACCCCCAGACACACACAGCACCCAAAGACACACACAGCACCCAAAGACACACACAGCACCCAAAGACACACACAGCACCCCCAGACACACACAGCACCCACAGACACACACAACACCCCCAGACACACAGCACCCCCAGAAACACACACAGCGCACCCAGACACACACAGCGCACUCAGGCACACAGCACCCUCACUCACACACAGCACCCUCAGACAGACAGCACCCUCGCUCACACACACACAUAUAUAUAUGUGUGUAUGUAUGUGUGUGUAUGUAUGUGUGUGUGUGUGUAUAUAUAUAUAUAUAUAUAUAUAUAUAUAUAUAUAUAUAUAUAUAUAUAUAUAUAUAUAUAUAUAUAUUUACAGAUAUAUAAAAUAACCCUCAGUGAGUUAACAGACAAAGAAAAUUAGAAUGUGACAGCAGAUAAAAACACCCUCACACACAGCACCCCUCUUACAUACACACACACUGCGCCCCUCACACAUACAAUACGUCCAAAUAUAUAUAUGUAUGUAUAUACACACUACAGCACUACAUACAUUACGCUCCAGAUACACGCUAGAUCCCUUACCUUAUAUGCACUCUUAAUCCUCUAUACACACACACACACACACACAAUCUCCUAUACACACUCUGGGUCCUUUACACACUAGAUCUCCUACACACACACUGCAUCACCUACACACACACUACAUUCCUUGUCAGCAAACACAUACAACAUUCUCUAAACACACCCUCUCUACAACCCCUACACACACUACUUCACCUAUACACACACACACUACAGCCCAUAUGCACACACUCGCUACAUCCCCUAUAACACUAUGCCCCCUAUACACACACUCUCUACAGCCCCUAGCCACACAUAUUACACCACAAACACAAAUGAAAUUGACCUAUUUACACAAUACCACACCACACUCUACACACACGCAAUCCCACAAGCAGGCUCCAAACACAUGCACCAUACAUUUUCCUGGCCCUUUUGUCCUCUGGUAUCCCACUUGUUGAGACACCAGAGACAAUUUAAAAGCAAACACAGCGCAAGCAUGUUAUUAAAUUUGCUUGCGCUGCGCAGAACAAAUACAGGGCCUUUUUCUAAUGCCAGAGCUCUUCAGCGCAGCUCUGCGCAUUGAACCAACAUGCUCACUUUGCGAGGAGGCGUGCUUGUCAUUAGUGAUGACAAAACACACCCUCUCUGGCCCCGCCCCCUUCUUAGGGGGCCGCUCUGAUUGUAAAAUGCCCGGGCCUAAUUUUUUUCCCAGUCCGGCCCUGUCAGGCGGACAUUAUCUGUCUACAAGAGACCCACUUUGUUAACGCCAGGGUGCCUAACUUUGGUGCACAACAUUACCCUCACCAAUACCACGCAACACACUCCUCCAAAUCAAGAGGGGCCUCAAUUCUUCUGCAUUCCUCCUUAACAGUUGAAGCCCUAAACUUAAUCAAAGACAAACAAGGUAGAUUUGUACUGCUACAUUGCCUCCUAAAUAACCUGCCAUAUACCAUAGUCAGUUUCUAUGCUCCUAAUGUACACCAACGCAACUUCCUACAUAAAGUGCUCUCCGCACUCCCAACUAACCAGACCGCCUCAGCUAUAUUAUGUGGAGAUCUAAACCACCCCCUCGACCCACACAUGGACACUACACUAAAAACCACGACACCAUGACACAAAGCACUCAAAACACAAAGCAAAGCAAUCAACAAACUGUUAGGGGAAUAUGGCCUAUACGACCCAUGGAGAGCAUUCCACCCUAAUGAGAAAUCGUUCUCUUUUUAUUCAGCAGUGCACAAGUCAUAUUCAAGGAUCGAUUUCAUUUUCAUAACAGGCACAUUACUCCCUAGGGUAACAAACCGUGAAAUCGGGGAUAUAACAUGGUCAGACCAUGCUCCGACCAUAGUAGGGCUGACUGAGGAAUACCAACACAGAGGAAGGCCACCGUGGCGGCUAAAUGAUUCACUUUUAUGCGACCAGACAUUCUCUACAACAUUGACAGAAGCCCUGACGUAUUUCCAAAUUAACGACACGCCGGAUGUCCACCCAACCACUGUAUGGCAAGCCCAUAAGGCGGUCAUCAGAGGACUUAUCAUUAGCAGAGCCUCCUACCUAAAAAAGAAGGCACAACAAGAACACUUACACCUGCUGCGUACCUUAAGAGACACAACGGCAGCAAACAUAGCAAACCCCUCACCACAACUUGCACAGACAAUUCAAGACACCACAACAAGUAUUAACAACAUAGCAAUUUCUAAAAAUCUGAAAACACUUUAAAUUCUCUUUCUGUAUUUGCAGUGUUAUUUAGCAGGCUCUGAGGGUGCAUGGCACAUGGAAUGAAUGGAGGGGGAAAACAACAAUUACCAGUUUUUUGCUUUUUUUCAAAGUAUGGUUAGGAGCAGCCACUCCCAAUAGCCCCCUGUGUUAUUGUGACCCUGGCCAAAUGGUGACUAUACCACAGUGACUAUGCUUUUGACUAGUAAUCAUUUUACCAUCACAUGGUCCCGUAGUCCAUGCCUUGUCUUAUAGAGAUGGUUUAUAAUAUUUGGCUUUAUACCAAAAGCAGAUAUAUUGUGUUUUUUUUUUUGUUUGGUUUUUUGUGUGUGUGUGUGUAUAUAACACACACACACACACACACUCACUCACUCUCUCACUCCAUUGUGUUAUAGAACAUGUUUUGCUGAUCAUAUUUAUUUCAGUUUAUUGUCACAUUAACACAUUACAUAAUCAGCAUGGUCUAAUCUAAAUUGAGUAAGUGGAUGUAGAGAAACUGAGUGGAAACCAAUUAACACCAGUGAUGAUAGUGGAGCGCUAAAAAAAAAGUCACUUACGUAAUUAAUAUACAGCAGUUUGCUAGAUAAAUAAUCUAUUAUUAAAUUAAAUUGAACUCUAGAUGGAUUGACUGUCCAUUUAUGUGUUAUUUUUUGUUUUUCUUUCAUUUUAGACUCCGAUUGUUACAGUCUCCGGCCACACUGAAGCUGUCUCUUCUGUCCUGUGGUCUGAUGCAGAUGAAAUCUGCAGUGCGUCAUGGGAUCAUACAAUUAAGAUCUGGGAUGUUGAAACUAGUUCACCCAAAACCUCUUUGGUAAUAUUUUCUUCAUUUUUUUUUUUAAAUUUUUUUUUUAAUUUGAUUAUAUAUAGACCUCUUCUACUGCUAGACUGACAAUAUUCAUGUAUUAAGUGAAAAGAACGUUGUUAACGUGGAAUGUGGAGAUCAUUUAAAUUAGUUCUUGAACACUUGCAUAUAGAAAGAAUCCAUCACCUUAUGACUAAUUUAAACAGAUCAGAUGAAUACUUAUUGAAAGCUGCUACUAAUGGUGCAGCCAGUGAGAGAAGCCAUUGUGUGUCAGUGUGUGCUAAUGCACAUGCAACUAGACAACAGAAGGACACACUACUUGUGUGUUUAUUCACUAGCAGGGCUACUGACUAUCCAAAUUGAAUAUUUAGAUUGCAAAAUUUAGGCUGAAAUAAUGAAACUGUUACCAUGAGGGAAUUGGAAACGCUUUCCAGAUCGGCUUUUUAUUUUUAUAUAUAUAUUUUUUUUUUUUUACUUUUUGGUUUUAAUUCUGUACAAUUUUAAGUUUAGGGAAUCAUUCUAUACAGCUUUAAACUCAGACAUGGCUGACAAUGUAAACAUCAUGGGAGUCUGUUAGUCUACUGUACAUAGAAAGCAAUAUGAUCUUGUUACUAUAUGAUGUUCCCUCUUAAAAUAAAUAGAAAGUCUAUUUUGUAGACUUAUUGCUUUAGUCGACGAAACACCAAAAUCAAUCCAGAGGUUUGAAACCUUACAGGGUUUUUUACUAAAGUGAGGAUAGUUGGAUUUCAAUGGAAACUUAAAUCUAAGUUCAAAGAAGCCGAUCUGGAAAUAUUUUCCAGCUAAAUAUGUUUCGAGUUUGGCUACUUUGGCCUUAGAUUUGAAAUUCCCUUUGAAAUCCCUUCUGCGUUAUACUACCAUUACAGCCACGAUCUUCAAAUUGGUCCUCAAAAGUUAUUUAUUUUUAUUUAUUUUUUUGUUUUUUUAUUUUUUACAUUUUGUUUUCUAUUAGUUACAAAUUGCUUCUCCAGAUUUAAUCCCUUACAGUCUGUUGUUGGUCACUUUGCCCGAGAUACAGCCCAUUUUACACACGUUAAUAGACUCAUGGGAACGUCUAUUAUUUUGUCUCAUUUGUACCAUUUCUAUAAUGUUUACUUUUCCUCACAUGUGUUUCUUGUUUAUUUUUGUUUCACAUAGAAUUUUGUUUUAUACUGAAAAACAAGCAUAAUUAAAUAAAAAAUUAAUAGAAAAACAAAAAACUAGCAAGUGCACUGGAAGGAACAGUCAUCAAUCAAAAUUGGUUGUGCUAUUUUUUAUUUUAUUUUUUUUAAGUGUGAAUUGUUGGGAAUUUCAAGUAAAUUAAUGCUGUCUUAUAAUAUUAUUAUUUGUUUAAUUCUCAUUUAGACCGGAAAUAAGGUUUUUAACUGCAUUUCCUACUCACCACUGUGCAAACGUCUUGCAUCUGGAAGCACAGACCGACAUAUUCGCCUCUGGGAUCCACGGGGCAAAGGUUAGUUCUGAGCAGCAGAAAGCAAUUCUAGUACAGACACACUUUAGGGUUGUGCAUUCAGUCCACUCGCCCACUGCCCUGCCAUCAGAACUCAUGGUGGCCCUUUACAAAACCACUGCCUGUCCUCUCUGCAAGACUUUAACACAGAGCAGAGAAUAGGAGUGGGAAGAAGCAGUUAGUACAGCCCAAUAGGGAUCCUGCUGCACUGCAAUUUUCCCGAUUGAGGUCUCUAUAUCUCCCCAACUGAACCACGUAGCACAAGCAGAUCCCAGGGAUCGGCUGAAUCCUUACUGGAAUACUGACUGUACUCUCUCCUGGUGGCCUUAUCUACCUUCUCUACCAUCUUUGCUAGGCAAAACUUCAUCUACGAUGGGCUACGUAAUAUCUUCAAUACAUUUCUGCUUUUUGAUAUAUUUAAACACACACACAUAUGUAUGUCUUAGCACACAUACUGGUUUGACUGAGUUGGUUUGCCGUUUGUUAAAGUGAAAUAUUCUUGAUGUGUUUAGUAAUGAGUGGAGGAAGAGGAGGGAUAAAAAUCAAUACUUCACUGCAAAUUGAUCAGUUAAAUUGACCGCGACUUUGUUCUAUUUAGUCCUAUUCUGUGAAACAAGCAACAUAUUUCACGUCAUUUUCUAAGACUUUGCUUGUACAUUUUUGAUUUGUAUGUGUCUUCAUUCCAGAUGGUUCCCUGGUGUUACUGUCUCUGACGUCACACACAGGCUGGGUCACCUCAGUCAAAUGGUCUCCUUUUCAUGAGCAUCAGCUUGUUUCUGGAUCCUUUGACAACGUAGUGAAACUGUGGGACACCAGAAGGUAGAGUUCCUUAAACAAGUUUACCCUUGAAAUUUGUAAAAAAGUUGCAGCCACGAAAAGAGUACUUUUCUAUUCGUGUUUGUUUUGCAAACCUGUAUGACUAACAUUUUUUUUGUCUUCUCCCUCUCCCAGCUGUAAAGCACCUCUGUAUGAUUUAGCUGCUCAUGAGGAUAAAGUACUUAGUGUUGAAUGGACAGAGGCUGGGGUAAGGACUAUUGUUUUGCACAGAAAUAUUAGAAAUAAAGUUUACAGUCAUCACAGUAAGCAGCUAUAAUUAAAAAAAGUGUUAAGAUCCACUAAACUGGCACAAAGUAUAAAUUAAAUUCUAUGGCCAUGGUUCUUAAAUUUUUUUUUAAUACAGACCCAUAUUGAAUAAAUGAUCUUAGCUUAACAAUCCAUUCAUGGUUUAAAAAUUGCCAUAGUGACUAGUUCUUAAAGUAAAAUGUAUAAUAUAACCGAUUCAUUCUGCAUAAUAAUAAACUUACAAAUCUCAUGUGUAAGCUGGCUUUCCAAUGUAUUAGUUGAAAUAGCACGGGUACACAAUUUUGUGUCCAGAGCCAAAAGUUAAGAAUCACUACUUUUAAGGGGGAACUGUCACUUCUCUGGGAAUUACACCAUUGAAUAACCCAUGGAAAAUCAUCUAUAACUUGUGUUAAGCUUUUUCUUUUCCUAAGAUUCUCUGUAGGGAUCGACCGAUUAUCGGCCGAUAUUCAUUAUUUUCGGCAAAAUCGGUAUCGGCCAAUAUAGAUACCGAUAUUGCCGAUAAUACCUUCUAGGACCGCCAGGCUCAUUACAAGCCCGGCGGUCCUGGGGGGGGGGCCUGCAGGAAGCUGUUCCUUACCUUUCUUGCAGCUCCUCUGUGUAAAUCUCGCGAGACUCGCGGCCGCAGAGCGUUGUCACAGGUUACCAUGGCAACGCUCCGCGCGGCACUAAGGGCCGCGAGAUUUACACAGGGGAGCUGGAGGAGCUGCAAGAAAGGUAAGGAACAGCUUUCUGUGGGCCCCCCAGUACUUGACAAGCCACUGGACCACCAGGGAAUACUAUAUCCCCCCUCCCUGGUAAGAAGCAGGAGAGACGACUUAAAAAAAAAACAAUUUUUUAUUUAUUUAUUUAUUUUUAAUUUUAAAAUUUUUUUAAUAAUAAUAAAUGCCCCCCCCACCCAUUUUACACAAAUUACAUCACUACACACACACACUGCAUUAUAUACACACAUUACACACACACUGCAUUAUAUACACACAUUAUACACAAACACACACUGCAUUAUAUACACACCACACAUACUGCAUUAUACACACAUACAGCAUUAUAUACACACUACACAAACACACACUGCAGUAUAUACACACACUACACUAACACACCAUUCACUAUACACUCUGCAUUCACUAUACACACUACACAAACACACUCUGCAUUCACUAUACACACUACACAAAUACUCACUGCAUUCACUAUACACACUGCACAAACACUCUGCAUUCACUAUAUAUACACACUGCACACUCACUGCAUUCACUAUACACACUACACAAACACACACUCUGCAUUCACUAUAUAUACACACUACACAAAUACUCUCUGCAUUCACUAUAUAUACACACUACACAAAUACUCACUGCAUUCACUAUACACCCACUAUACACCCACUACACAAACACUCUGCAUUCACUAUACAUACACACUCACUGCAUUCACUAUACACACUACACAAAUACACACACUGCAUUCACUAUAUACACACUGCAUCCACUACACACAUACUACACAAACACACAGCUCCCCUGUCUAAACACACUUCAUCCACUACAUGUGGCAUGUAUAUUUUGUGCAUUUACCUUUAGAAAUAGUUUAUUUUUUCAAAAUGGUAAAUGUACAGAAUAUCGGCCUGAAAGUUCACAGAUUAUCGGUAUCUGCUUUAAAAAAAAUCAAUAUCGUUUGAUCCCUAAUUCUCUGUUUACUUUUAAAAGUUAUAUGAAAGAUUUACCAAAUGACAUGUUAAAGGAACACUCCAGAGACUUAAAGCAUUUCAGCUUGGUACAGAGCCUUUUGUGUUUUGAAGUCUGCCAUUUUGUAACAGCCUUCUAUUCGCUCCACAGGGCUAAAGGAAGUAGCUGACGUGCAAGGCUAGUGUGCACCUGCCAUCCCCAAUUUACAAUGAGCUGUGCUACAGCGUAUUGAGUGGCUUUGGAAAGCCGCAAUUGCAGCACCAGCACAGAGGCUUCUUAAUAAGUCUGGCAAAAACCGAGGUGCAAGAUAGUACUAAGAGCGGACAACAGCUCAAAUAGCCUGCCCUUCGGUGGGUCCCCGCUGCGAUCUAAAGCUGGUUUUGGCUCAUCUUGUGCCAUUACCCACCCUUCCCCCCCUCCCCCCCCCAAAAAAACAGGCUAUUUUUUUAAUAAGUGUGUGACGGGGAAAGUGGGGAAGCCUUGCAAAUACUGCAGGCCUGCAGCAUUUGCAAGCUGUUUUUUCAUAUACUACAAUGAAAAUAUACAGAAAAAUUGUUUAAAAAUAAAAUGUCUAUGGAGUGUUCGUUUCAGGGCAAAUAUUCCAAAUCAAGACGAGAAAAAUAAAUAUUGUUUAAUUUCUCCUCUUCUCUGUAUGCUUUUUUUUUCUAUGUUGACAGCCUGGUACAAAGGGCUUUGUCAAUGAUUGAUGGGUAGCUACAUAUAAGGCCCCCUAUUGCAGGAUGAAGAGGUGUGGAUUUCUUAAUUUAGUUAGAUUUUUUUUCACAACUUCCAAAUACUUAUUUGUUAAAUAUAGGAUUAAGUAAACGGUAAGUAAUAUUACAAAUCCUAAGAGGUGGCAGUCCCCUUUUAAUUAAUUUCACUAUACAAUGUGACUAUAUCAUAAAAACAUGGGAUACCAUGGAAUACAUUUUAACUUGAAUCUAAUUAAAUGUGAAUCUUUGGCAUUCAGUGGCUGUUCUUUAUAUAAUGUCAUUUAACCAAUAAUUGUAUUAUACCAUGAUUUAAGAUACUGAUUGUAUUAUUACUAGAUGUGAAUAUUACCGUUCUUUCCACAGGUGAUCCUGAGUGGAGGUGCAGACAACAAACUAUAUUCUUACAGAUAUACAGUAUCACCCUCAGACGUGGGAGCGUAAACAGAUUGUGUGAACUUUUUGUACUGUUAUACGUUUGAUUUUUUUUAUUUUAUAUAACAUCAUCUGACCUUUUCAAAGAUGACCUUCAAUCCCUGUGACCCAUUCAUUAUUGUAUAAUAUGUAUUUAUCUGUGGUAAUGGUGGGGGGAGGAGCUGGGCUAUAAACCCGUUUAGCUGCUGUAACUGUUUGGAAUUAAACACCAAUUGUUUUAAUAUAAUGACCCAUUUCUUAUGGAUUUUCUUUUUUUAAUGCCCAAGAUAGAUGGGGAUAUAUAUAUAUAUAUAUAUAUAUAUAUAUAUAUAUAUAUAUAUAUAUAUAUAUAUAUAUAUAUAUAUAUAUAUAUGUGUGUGUAUAUAUAUAUUCAAUUCACCCCAGCGUAAUAUAUUUAUAUAAAUUGUGCGUGCAUACUAGGAAUUGUAGGGUACAGCGGACUCAAUUCUAGGUGUGGGGGCAGAUGAGGUGCUGCCCAUUGCUCUUAAUUUUGUAGUGUUUCCACUACAAUGGAAUAGUAAAAAACUAAAGUUAAUAAAUGUAAUUUUCUGCAAGCUGGUUAAAAUGCGCACAUGACAUUAAAUAGAGCAAUGGAUCUUAUUCUCUUCCCGUAUAUUUUCCGAAUCUAUUCUCUUAUUCCCUUUUUUUUUAAUGAUGUUUGAAAAUGUAACUGAUUUGCAAAUGUUAUAUUGUACACAGACAGUUUGAGCUGUAAAAUAAAAAAGUCAAUAAACUGUUAGUUACCAGUGAUACCAAGGUAAGUGCACUCUACUAGGUACCUGUUAAUGACAGGCAUACUGGAGAAGAAAGCCUAAAUACAUCCAGGUCCUUUCCAUGAUCUAGAGUGCGAUAAGAGCACAUUACACAAGUAAGCUCACGUAACAGAAGCACUCGUGGAUUGCGUGUACUUUCCAGUUCCCAUGGAAGGUGGCGUGAAAGACAGGUGAUAGAUGACAAGCCAGCUCUUGUACAUUCUUGUACAUUCCGAUGUAUUACAUGGCAUGCUUUUAUUUACUGGCACAUUGCUCCUGUUCAUCAAUUUAAAAAAAUAAAAUGUGAUUUAGGAUUUGAAUACUGUCCGACUUGCUGAAUACAUGUAGCAGCCAAUAAAAAUGCAGUUUUGGUUUGACGCAAGUCUGCAGCCUUUCUCUAGAGCAGUGGUUCACAGUACAAAGUGUCUCUGUCACCUCAAACUUACCAUUCACCAUUGUUUCCUCUUUCAGAAUCUGUUAUUUUUCGCUUUAAAAUAUAAGACAAAAUAGGGACUACUUUGUCAUGUGUAUUUUUCCUACACUUGACAAUUGUGACAAAAGGGUGAAGCGUAGCUCCACUUCCUUUGUCGAGCUUACAAAGGGUAAAGUUUGCCUUACGUUCCUGCUCUUGUCAAGAUUGCCUUCUGUAUUUUUCCUACACUUGGCAAAGUGGUCCCUAUUUAGUCUUCUUUUUUUUUUUUUUAAAAGGAGAAUAGAUCAGAAAAUUAUUACAAAUUCUAAAAAAAGCGGUAACAAUAGGAGAAAAGGAAGUUUGAGGUGACUGCAACUUUAAGGCAUACCAGAAUAAUGGCAAUUACUGUUAUUCUGUUUUGGGAACUGCUGGGGAUCAUUGAUGUAGUGUGAAGGGUUAUUAUUUAUUUAUAAAAUAUUUAUUUUACCAGGAAUGAUACAUUGAGAUUUCUCUCAUUUUCAAGUAUGUCCUGGGUCCACAAAAGAAUUGCAUUGAUACAAUAGGGUAUAAUAAAAUACAGAAACAAUAUUAAUACACAAUAUAUACAGUAUUUAACAUAGAAACAUAGAAUGUGACGGCAGAUAAGAACCAUUCGGCCCAUCUAGUCUGCCCAAUUUUCUAAAUACUUUCAUUAGAUCCCUGGCCUAAUCUUAUAGUUAGGAUAGCCUUAUGCCUAUCCCACGCAUGCUUAAACUCCUUUACUGUGUUAACCUCUACCACUUCAGCUGGAAGGCUAUUCCAUGCAUCCACUACCCUCUCAGUAAAGUAAUACUUCCUGAUAUUAUUUUUAAACCUUUGUCCCUCUAAUUUAAGACUAUGUCCUCUUGUUGUGGUAGUUUUCUUCUUUUAAAUAUAGUCUCCUCCUUUACUGUGUUGAUUCCCUUUAUGUAUUUAAAUGUUUCUAUCAUAUCCCCCUGUCUCGUCUUUCCUCCAAGCUAUACAUGUUAAGAUCCUUUAACCUUUCCUGGUAAGUUUUAUCCCGCAAUGCAUGAACCAGUUUAGUAGCCCUUCUCUGAACCCUCUCUAAGGUGAACAGAUAGCUCUUAAACACAAGGCUGGAAAGAUGAAGUGUGCGUCUGGAUUCCAGCGACAGCCAGUUUAGUUCUUUUAGCAUGUCACAAUGGUAGGUCCUGUAAUUACAUUGUAGCACAAAUCGGCAGAACGAGUUAUACAAUGUAUUGAGUUUAUUAAGGUGGGUUUCCGGUUAAGGUGCAUAUACUACAUCCCCAUAAUCAAUGAUUGGCAUCAGUAUUUCCUGUACAAUCUUUUUCUUUACUGUAGGGUUAGUCAGAAUUUGUUUCUGUACACGGCACCUAGUUUUGGAUAAAGUUUAGAUGCAGGUUUUUCUACGUGGAGGCCAAAGGAUGGAUUGUGGUCUAACAACAUACCCAAGUAUUUGAAAUAGUGGAGAUGCUGAACGUCAGUACUGUGCAGUGUGCUAUUUGAAUUAGUUUUGAUGGAUAGGUGGGAAUUGUGUAAUUUAGGUACUGUUCCAAAGAUCAUUGUCAGUGCUUAGGAAGAGUUUGUUUUUUGCAAUCCACUUUUCUACCUCCGUGAACUGAUCUUGGAGCACAGCCUCAAGCUGCAGUAGAUUGGAUUUGUUUGUAUAGAUUACUGUGUCGUCUGCGUACAUGUGUACAUUUGAGAAUUUGCAGAUCAUUUAUAAACAAUGUGAAUAGCAGGGGGCAGAGAAUGGAACCUUGGGGAACACCACACGUGACUGGGUGAGGGAGGGAGUCUCUGUCAGAAAUGGACACAUAUUGUGACUUGCACAAAAUUCAGAACAAGCAAAUCCCAUAAUUUAUGAAUACUCUUUUCUCCCAAUGCUGUUCAUUAUUAGUCAUUUGCAAUAGGGGAGUCGUAUACUGCUUUCAGCUAAAAGAAUGUAUUCUUAUAAAUUCAUACAGACAAAUUAUUACAGGGUUACUCACUUUAAAUUUCAAACUUAAGGUCAGUUAUGCUUUCCAUUCAGCUACUCGGACCCUAAAUUUGAAAUUCACUUUAACCCUGUUAAAGGCAAAAUCUCCGUUAUAAGUUGGGUAUUAGUAUGCAUGGCUACAAAUAGAGGGCACACAUGGGAGUGGAUAUUGUGGAUACAGAUUUAAAAUAAAUAAAAAAAAACUGAAAUUAGCCUUACAUUCAUAUUCAUGGAUACUGGCAAUGGCUAUAGUAUUAAAGGAACACUAUAGGGUCAGGAACACAAGCAUGUAUAUCUGACCCUAGAGUGUUAAAACCACCAUUUAGGUGGCUUGCCUCCCAUUAGCCCCAAUCAGAAAGGGUUAAAACCUUUUUUUUCCAGCUCUCCAGUGGACUGCAGGCGCUGCCCCUGCCCCUGAUCCGCAUCUUUGGCUGACAUAAUCAGAAUUGAUUAAAUCAGCCAGUCCAAUGCUUUCCUACAGGGAAAGCAUUGGAUUGGCAGAGAUCGUAGAGGAGGCGGGGUGGAGCCAAAUGCUGUCUUGGCCAAUCAACAUCUCCUCAUAGAGAUACAUUGAAUCAUUGUCUUUCUAUGAGUCAAGCUCAGUGUCUCAGCGUGGAGAUGUUGAACGUCAGUGCUGUACACUGUGCAGCACUGCCCCCAGGAAGCACCUCCAGUGGCUAGUGAAGGUGUCCCUAGACUUUACAACGCAAUUUGGACAGUCUAUUGGACUUUUAUUCAACCAAAAACAUUACAUAGUUAUAUAGCUGAAAAGAGACUUGCGUCCAAGUUCAGCCUUCCUCACAUAUGUUGUUGCUGUUGAUCCAAAAGAAGGCAAAAAACCUAGUCUGAAGCGCUUCCAAUUUUGCCACAAACUAGGAAAAAAUUCCUUCUUGACCCCAAAAUAGCAGUCAGAUGUCUCCUUGGAUCAAGCAGCUAUUACCCCACUAAUUCAAUAUUAUAUCCCUGUAUUUUGUAAGUAUUUAUCCAAUUGCAGUUUAAACAUCUGUAGUGACUCUGACAAAACCACCUCUUCAGGCAGAGAAUUCCAUAUCUUUAUUGCUCUUACUGUAAAAAAAACUUUUCUUUGCCUUAGAUGAAAUCUCCUUUCUUCUAGCCUAAAUGUGUGACCUUGUGUCCUAUGUAUAGCCCUGUUUAUGAAUAGAUUUCCAGAUAAAGGUUUGUACUGGCCCCAAAUAUAUUUGUAUAAAGUUAUCAUAUCCCCUCACAGGCACCGUUUUUCCAAACUAAACAGAUUUAAUUUAUUUAACCUUUCUUCAUAACUAAAAUGCUCCAUUCCUUUUAUCAAUUUUGUAGCUCGUCUCUGGACUUUUUCUAGUACCAUGAUAUCUUUCUUUAGAACAGGCGCCCAAAAUUGCACAUAUUCAAGGUGUGGUCUUACCAGCGAUUUAUAAAGAAGCAAAAUUAUAUUUUCAUCCAGAGAAUUUAUGCCCCUAUUUAUACAUGACAAAACCUUACUGGCCUCCGCAACUGCAGAUUGACAUUGCAUAUUGCUGCCUAAUUUGUUGUCUAUAACAAUUCCCAAAUCCUUCUCGUGUGUGGUUAUCCCUAAUUCACUACCAUUUAGUGUGUAAGUUGCUUGUGCAUUCUUAACCCCAAAGUGCAUAACUUUGUAUUUCUCUACGUUAAAUUUAAUCUGCCAUUUUAGUGCCCAGUCCCCCAAUCUAUCCAAAUCCCUCUGCAGCAAAGCAAUAUCCUGCUCACAUUUUAUUACUUUACAAAGUUUUGUGUCAUCUGCAAACACUGAUACAUGGCUUUCAAUGCCUAUUUCAAGACCACUUACCAGUUUUGUCCAGCCUGACAAUAUACCAUUAAUUACAACUCGUUGUACUCUUUCCUUAAGCCAAUGUUCUACCCAAGAACAUUCAUCUAGACCAAUUUCUUUUAGUUUGAAGACUAACCUAUUGUGAGGAACCGUAUCAAAUGCCUUGGCAAAAUCCAAGUAGAUCACAUCCACUGCAACAUCCUGAUCUAUACUUCUACUUAAUGAAUGUGUAAACACUACCUUUUCUCUGAAAAGACAGUGUUUACUGCAAAAAGCCUGCAGGGCUUGUUCCUUUAAGAAAACAAGGAACGCACAAAACGAAGCAAAAAGGCUACCUGCGUUUAAUCCAAAAGUGCAUUUAAACAUGUUUCGUAUUACUCAUGGUGCUUGGAAUCUGUAUGCACGUGCACAAAUAUUCAGGCUAGCUGCUGAAGUUGUAACUCCACUUCCUGUAGCAUUGAUAACCAUCCUGAAACUAGAGAUGCAGGCUGGCAAAUGUCAGUUCUGUGCAUAUUGCAUGUACUGAGGGUCAUUCAUUAAAGGACCACUAUAGGCACCCAGACCACUUCAGCUUAAUGAAGUGGUCUGGGUGCCAGGUCCCUCUAGGGUUAACCCUUUUUUCUAUAAACAUAGUUUCAGAGAAACUGCUAUGGUUAUAUUAGGGUUAAUCCAGCCUCUAGUGGCUGUCUCAUUGACAACCGCUAGAGGCGCUUGCGUGCUUCUGACUGAGAUUUUCACAGUGAGAAGACGCCAGCGUCCAUAGGAAAGCAUUGUGAAUGCCUUCCUAAGAGACUGGCUGAAUGCGUGCGUGGCUCUUGCUGGAGAAAAAGGCAAGUUUAACCCCUUCCACCCCCUAGUGCCCGGCGGUAGGGGGACCCUGAGGGUGGGGGCACCCUCAGGGCACUAUAGUGCCAGGAAAACGAGUAUGUACUAUAGUGGUCCUUUAACUGAGACUGCUGAGAAUGAAUGACCAGCUUCUGCAGCUCAAGCUGCCUAAGUCACAUCUGCCAGGGGUUAACUAGCCCUGGUACAAAAGUGCAGAUCUCUCAUCGUAGUCCAUACUUUGCCUUAUGUUUUUAAGGAAAAUAGAUCAGAAAAGAACAGAUUCAGAACGAGGAAGAGAAGAAGCAACAACUGAAUAAGGGUAAGUUAGGGGUGAUUGGGCUUCUUUAAUAAAAUACCACAGGGGAAUCUACUUUCUAUAAAUAUUUGUUUAGAUGCAUUGGAUUCUGUGACUACUAUUAAAGAAACACCCUGUGCCCCAUAACCACCACAGCACAUUGCAUGUUUUUACACUUACCUGGGUCUUACCAGGAGCCCACACUGGCCAAUCAGCACUUCCUAAUAUAGAUGCAUUUAAUCAAUGCAUCUCUUUGUGGAACGUUCAGCAUCUCCAUGCAAAGAGUUGCAUAUUGUGCAGUACGGACCCAGGAAAUGCCUCAUUUCCACUGAGCAGUACGGGUCGGGUUGGUACAGUUCGGAAAGGGUUAGAAUGGUCCAGCCUAUUCAGGUGAGCGUUUCCACUGCAAGUCAGACCACCAGGAGGCAUGCGGGGUUUAGACCAAAUGCCUAGCGUGUCAUUUGCCGUGAGCAUUGACGUUUUCCUGUCCGCCAAUCAGUGGAUUGCAUAGUGUGACGCCAGUAGUUCCGCCCUAACCGUACCGUACCACUUCCUAUGGCCCUACAUCUGAAAGGGGGCCCAGGAAUGGUGCGGUUUGGUUCGGUUUUAUGGGCCACUUUCAUAAUGGAAACACUCAAAAUAGCGUACCAGACCAUACUGACCCAAACCGUUCCGCUCAGUGGAAACGAGGCAUUGGUGCCAUCUGAGUGACCGUUACUAAAGGUGUUACUAGGCAGUAAUGUAAACACUGCCCUUUCACUGAAAAGGCAGUGUUUAUAUUUAAAAAGAAAAACCUGCAGGGACAUACAAUAAUCACCAGAACAACUCACUGCAUUAAGCUGUAGUGGGUCUGGUGACUAUAGUGUCUCUUUAAAGGACCACUAUAGUGCCCUGAGGGUGCCCCCACCCGAUGGGCUCUGGGUAGAGGAAGGGGUUCAACACUCACCUUUCUCCAGCGCCGGGCGGGGAGCUCUCCUCCUCCUCUUCGGCUGAAUGCGCAUGCGCGGCAGGAGCUGCAUGCGCAUUCAGCCAGUCUCAUAGGAAAGCAUUCAUAAUGCUUUCCUAUGGACGCUGGCGUCUUCUCACUGUGAGAAGCACGCAAGCACCUCUAGCGGCUGUCAAUGAGACAGCCACUAGAGGCUGGAUUAACCCUCAGUGAAACAUAGCAGUUUCUCUAGGUUAACCCUAGCUGGACCUGGCACCCAGACCACUUCAUUAAGCUGUAGUGGUUCUGGUGACUCUAGUGUCCCUUUAAUAAAUACAUAAUACUUGUGUUAGGUAUACAGGGUGUCAGUCCAUUAGAAUACAAUGCACAGUAUGUAUGGAUGCCCUUAUAGAGGAAUAAACACAGAUAAAUAGCAUGAAAGAGCUCAGUGAGGGAAAGCCUCAGCCAUUGAGGGGUUAACACUUCAUAUCCCAUACAACAACAUGCUCAUUCUAUCCAGUAAGAACCAAUGGACGCUGGAAAUAAUGGGCAGCACCUCCCUCCCCCUUUCAGAAAACAUGGUUCCUUCCUGUUGCCAUGGGUUACUGCACCGAUACUUCCUGCUCUGCAAAGCGGCGGCCGAGGAGGCGCAUGCGCACUGGGCUGCUCCCUGGUACGGUCUACUUUUUUUUUUUUUUUUUUCUUUGCCUACGCUGUGACAGCUGUAUCCUGCUGCGGAUACCCUGUCCUCCGCGCUCCGGUUACCGCAGGUACGACCCGCCAUGAUGGCUCUGUUUAUAUACCCACGGUCCUCCACCCUCCCCAAUGGCUUGGUACCCUUUUACUGUUGUCAUGGUAACUGCUCAGGGAUGCAGGGAGGGGAAUAUAAAACGCUUUACCUUCCCCCAACCCCAGGUCCAUUAUCACAAGGGCAGGCGGUGGGCAGCACUGACUGCCACUUUAAUGGCCAUUACAGCCCAAGAGCCAGUGAUACAAGGGGGCAAUAAAGCAUUGAUUUGUUAUGGUACAUUGCAGCUGGACUGCAAACCAGUUUAGAUCUUUAAUGCUGAAAUACAAAUACUACAUACAUCACUGUACUAAUUCCAGGGGAAAAAUAAAUGCUUUUUUGUUUUGCAGUUACAUUUAUAUAUAUAUAUAUAUAUAUAUAUAUAUAUAUAUAUAUAUAUAUGUUUUAUUUUUUUUCUCGCCAAAAACUAUUUUAUUUGAUGGCACUGAAAUAAAAAAAUUUAAUAGACCCCCCAAAAUAUAGGUGUUUGUAAAGGAAUUGUGAUUUUGUUUUUAUAGCAUAAUAUGCUUUCAAAGAAAACACAGUAUAUUUUUGCUUGGUGAAAUAAAAAAAUGGGAUUGCUGCUUUCACAUAACAUGAGUAAUUCUAGAAAAAUGGUAGUACCUUUUAGGCUUUUUGCCCUGUGCUGAAAUUAGAGCAAAGUUUUGUUUGUAUCUCAUCAGAGGAUGGUUGGCUCAGUAAUCAGGGUUUUAAAGGAACAAUGUCAUUAUUUAUUAUUUUUCAAAAAAACUUUUUUAUUUUAAUAUGCCCGUAAUGUUUUAAUAUACUAUAUAGUUAUUUAUUAUUAUUUUUUUCUUAAUUCACGUUGUUUGAAAUUUGUGAAGAGAUCCCUUGUUUGCCUUUCCCACUCCUCGUUUCCAUCAGCCAUCUUUAGCCACCUUUGGUCUUAUUGUUGGUUGCCUGACCCAAUGCUUAUUAUUUUGUAACUGAUCAUUGCAAAGUGAGCAGGUGUAAUGGGAUCCACUAAUUGUUUCACAAGCUGCAUUUCUGGAUGGUUAUCGGGUCAAGGUCUUGAUGUAGUUUCUGUGCCUUAAACAGUAUUCUGGCCUCUCCUUUUGAAAAUGGCCUCUUUGUUACUGGAAUAAAAUGGACAUGUUCAAUGACCUCAUGUGUCUCCCUCACUUUCUGGACAGACAGGGCUUGAUGUGCUGUAUCAAUAAGACAUUGCUCUGCAAUAACAAGGGAAAAUAGGUAAAGUGUCAGCAAACCCAACAAGCUUUUGCCAGCCUCUUCAGUUAAACAACAGAUCCAGAGAUUAUGAGAGUAUAUGUUUGAGAGUUCUUCCGACAUAUCCUCAUCUUCACACAGCUACGUCUGCAGUACUUUCUAGCACUCUAUAACAUUGUUGUGGGUGGAUCACUGUGACCUUUUAUUCCACAUGCAUCUCAGACUCUGAGUCUGGUGUACUAGAGACCUCACCUUCUUCAUACUGUGCACAGUCUCUUGAUCCAGAUAAGGGCACAGUUUGUCUUUUUGUUGUGAGAUGUUUUUGGUCCUUGGUGUAUUGGAGUCCUUCUUCUCUGGCUCUGUCUACUGCAUGUGUGCGUCAGUGUGGGCUCCAUCUUGUGAGGAGACUUGUUACCACUGGGUAGACGUAAACAUUGUAGCUGCAUAACUGUCUUUAAAAUGAUUUUUGGAUGACCUUUUAUUCAUCAGAUGUGUAGGCAUCUUUGAAGCAUGGAUUGAGAAGCAUAGCAACCUUAGGAAUCUGGAAAUCCUUUUUUUUGUAAGUUGAUGGAAGCAGAGCCGCAUGUUCUAACUACUUUUCAGCAGGAAAUUCCCAUUAAUUUCUAUCCUUCUUGUUGGCUUAGUGUAUAAAGCUUUCAUUCAGGCCAGCCUCAGUGGUUCAAAGCAGAACAUUCGCUCAAAAACAAGGUGCCUUUCCCACUGAAUUAUUAUCAGGCAGCAAUUCCUGCUCUGAGAAGGGGCUCUUCCUGUGUUUGAUAUAAGUGAAAAAUGUGGCUUCCAUUGCUAAUUCUGAAAAGACCUUGUCUGUGGAUAUGAACGUAAUACAACAAAGCAUAUGAUAACGCCAUGUGUCCCACAGAGUAUGUACAGGGGCAGCAGAAUUGACCUUGUAAAUAAGCAUAUAUUCAUCAUCAGGGUUAGUGGCCCUAAAAAACGGUCUGACGUGGGAAGGGGAACAGGACGUGUGUGAUUUGGAAGCAAAGGAAUCACUCCCUUCCAUUAUGAAACAUUAAUGGUGGAUAACUGCCGAUCCAAAUUCAAGCUUGCUGUUGUAUGCUAAGAGCUCCAAGUUUCUGGUAGUCCCAGGGCUUGCGUGAAAAUAGACAUUUCAUCAGCUGUUGCAAUAAUGGCUGCUAUAACUUUAAUAUGGCAUGUAAAGAAAACACGAAUCCCACACACAACGCGGAUAUGGGACAAGGUGCCUGUGGACAACAUAACCACUAAUGUUGGCGAUAAUUGCUAUGGUACUUAGAGUGCCCUGUUAAAGAUUUAGCAAGUGACAUGACAAUUUUGUCCAGUCUUUCACACUGAGGGCAUAUAUAGCUUUUAAGGAGGAGAGACAGAAACAUUUAUAUCAUUUGUUAAGUAUGGCAGACAUGACACGUGGCAGUUCUAUCAUAUUUACUGUUAAUGGUGCUUUUUAAACAGAGCAUAUUCACGAAAGCUUGUUGUAGUAGUUAUGGUGGACAUAGUCUUUGGACACAGUUGCCACAAUUAGUAUCAAACUGUUUUAAUCAGUUGGUUAAAAACAGGGUUGUCCUAAUCCAGGAAAAGAAAAACCUAAUUCCGUUAAUCUGGAAGUGUGUUUAUUGCAGACUCUUUGUCUCACUGUACGACUCAGUGAUUUGAAGUUGUUAUGGUGUCUGGAGUCUGUAUGUGCAGCGUUUCACUUCAGAGCUGGCGUGCAGGUAGGUUUUAGCUUUAUUUUUGUUACUUGGUGGGUUGGACCAACACAGUAUGGGCUACUCUAGCCCAAACAUUGGUUUAUUGGAAUAAAACAGUGUUUGGUUGCAAUAAUCCAUUAAGACAUGAACAAUAUACGUUUAUUUGAGUAGGGUCUUCUUCAUCUCUAAAUAUCCCCUUGUAUAAUUGAAAACCGCUGCAGAAUAUGUUGGCGCUAUCUCUCUACUCUUAAUUAAUAACGGAAAUAUUGCACGUCAUCGCCAAAAACCUAUUCUGUGUAAUAAUGCUUGCGUUUAUAUCUUUUGUGUUAUAACAUAGCAUGUCAUAUUUUAUUUACUCCCGCCAUGGUCGGGUAUUUUUGUUCAUACUUUGUACACAAUGCAAAAAUAUUUCAUUAUUUCACGUGUCACAAACUUUUUAUUUCCUCGUUUAUUUAGACUUUUAUUCUACUAUAGGAUAUCUACUCGGAGUCUUGUUAUAUUUACAAAUAUUGACUCCGUUUAUGUACAUGGCAUUUGCAAAACUAAAUGAUUGUAUUGCUCUCUGUGUAAUCUAUUUUAGAAUUUAUCUGUUUAACAAUAAAGGACACUUAAUAUUUAUCUUGCCAAAUGUAGCAUUUGGAAAAACAAAAUCUUUCUCAGGUAUGUGUGUUUGUGUACAGUAAACAUGUACUGGAAUCUACAUUUUUGAACCCUUUGUGUGCCAGAGGUGUCCCCAACGCAUUAUAUGCAUAAUGUGCAGCAAGGCAUCCUUUCAUUCUUUAAUAUUCGUUUUAUAUUUUGUAUUUACAGCUUCAACACAAGAUGAUCCAAUCAAAUAUCACUAAUGAAUAUAUCUGCCUCAUUAGCAUUUCUGGGAUAUCUUAGAAAGAUGAUGCGAUGUGUUUUUUUUUACUGUUUAUUUCUGAUUCCUACCAUAGUCUGUAACCUGAUGCUGUAAUUAUUUAUUCAUUGGAUUAACAGGCACAGAUAUCUGAAAGGGAUGCUUAGCCUCACAUCACUCGCAUAGGCUAGAAUAACUGAAACAAUUGUUUUGUCUUCUCAUUUUUUAGCCUCAUCAUGAACAGUAGACAGCAGUGGACAGGGGAGGACCAGUCAGUGGUCAGCCGUAUGCAGAAGAAAUUCUGGGAAACCAAACAAGUUUUGAUUAAAGUUACAGGGAAAAAAGAGGAUGAACACGUUGUUGCUUCAGAUGCUGAACUUGAUGCCAAGCUGGAGGUAGGUGAGAUCUAUGUUUGACUGUUUUUAAGAAAAAUGGGAAGUUAGUGGGACUCUGCUAUAGUUGGAGCCUGCCAUAUCCUCUCCACCACUAGAUGGAACUGUGCUUUUAAACUAAAUAUUUUUCUUUACUACACGUGUUAUAUAUUAAAAAAUCUACAUUUGAUACUUCAGUAAUACAUUUAUAUAUUUGUGGUGUGCAUUAGCAGAAGAUGAAAAGAAACUGUAAAGAGACAUAAAUUGGAAAGAAAACAAAAAUAAGAAAUUGUAAACACUAAGAAAUCCUGAUGUGAAUAGUGAGGAAAACUAUUUGACUCCUUAAAGGAAAAAUAGUCGGGCACUGUAGCUCCCUAUAGUGACCCCCUUGCGGCCCCCUUCUGUCACUUAUCUGAUUCCAGCAGUGAUUCCCUCGGCGCUGGUCAGGCUCCUCCACUAACGCCAGCCACCAGUAAGGGACCUAAUGCGCAUGCACGGAGAUUGCCGCACUUGCCUUAGGACUUCCCCCAUAGUUCUGCAUUGUACAAUGCUUUCCUAUAGUGUUUUGAGUUACACUGGAUGUCCUCAUGCAUAACACGAGGACGUCCAGCAUCAGUUAGGUGUCCAAAAGUCUCCAAACAACACGAAAGUCCCUCUGGUAGCUGUCUGGUAGAUGGCCAUUAGAGGUGGACUUAACACUGCAAUGUAAUUAUUGCAGUUUAUCAAAAAACUACCUUUGCAGGGUUAAGUGACCUGGGACAUAGCAAUAUAAUAAUAUUAGCUAUAUGUUGCUGCAACGUAAGUUUAAGCCCCCCCCAUACAUAUAAUAUAUAGUAGUUCCCCCAUACAUAUAUAAUAUAUAUAAUGCCGUAUUUCCCAGAGGAUGCUUGUAAUAUAAACCUUACCAUGAAAAUAAGCCCUAGUCACUAGUUCGCUAAUCUAUGUUCGGGGAAUUUUUCCCGAACAUAGUUUUGCGGGAUUUCAUUUGUGAGUAAGCUAAUCUAUGUUCAUGGACUUUUCCCUGAACAUAUACAUGCAAGAUUCUAUUCGUGAGUAAACUAAUCUAUGUUUGGGGAAGUUUUUUUUCCAGAAUAUAAGUCCUAGUGCGUAUAUAUGUUUUUAAAGGGCGGACAUGGCUUUCUUUUAAUAUCCUAUAAGUGUGAAUAAAAUGUUAAACUGGGUCUGAGACAUGCCGUGCGUCUGAGAGGUGGCCCGUUCCACAGGGUGGUCCAGAAUUGUAGCAAGGGAAUGGUUGGUUGCAUAUAUUGUUAAAGAUCUCCAUCCACACAGACUGCUGUGGUGUUGGUCGCUUCAACCCGGUUGUAACAGCCAUUGUUGGUGUAGUCAGCUCCAUGUACAGCUAGUCUCCAGUGGGGACCAGGAUAACCCCCGCCGGUCCAAAGGUGGGGAAAAAGGGCUUCUUUCUCUGUAAGGCUUUUCAGAAGCAUAAAUCUGCCUAAUAAUCCACCGUGACAGGUUGGUAGGCCUUAAUUUGAAGGAGCCCAAAAAACAUUGAAAAAGUGGUCCAGUCCAGUUGGAGGUAGAGUCAAGAUUUCAGUAAAUAACACCAAAUCACCAAAUCUAUGCUUAAAUUAUAGCUUUGUUGAGGAGCACUUCUAGCCUGCAUCCCACUCAAUCAGCUGCCAAGUCCCGGCCCUUUACACAGGGUUUUUAUCGAAGUCUGAUGCAUAUGAUGUCCCUGAUCACACCAUUGGUGUCAUCCAAAAAUUACAGAUUGACCUAUUGUUGGACCACUGUUUUAGAGUAGACUAAUUUAAUGAUAAUUGUUUAGAAGCCCUUUAAGAAUACAAUAAAUACUAUUUUGAAAACAAAUUUAUAUUGGAUUUUUCUUUCUACAGAUAUUUCAUUCCAUUCAGACAACUGGAUCAGAGUUAAUCAAAAUAAUCGAGAAAUACCAACAAGCACUUGAUGGUAAGAAUUGAUGACCAAGUGCAGUAAAGUAGUUUGAAUAAUACAUUUAAUGGAAAUAAUAAGUUUAUGAAAUGUUCUGAUGCUGAGCUACACCAAGGUUAGAAUAAAAGAUUGGGGUAUAUUCCUCUGCUGGGUGUUAAUUGUCCUGUACAUAAACUGGGUUAUUCGCUAAAGUGUAAAUGUCUGAAAAUUAAAGGGAAUUUUAAAAUUUUAGACCAAAAUAGGAGAAUUGGAAAAAGUCAACAAUGCUUUCUUUUGAGCUAUUUUGGCCUAAACUUGUAAAUUCAAUUUAAAUAAUUUUCAGGAUUACUUCCUAAAGUGAGAUGUGUUGGGAAUUUAAAGUGCAUUUCAAAUGUAAGUCAAACUAUCUGAACUGGAUGCAUAGCUGAUUAAGAUAAUCUUUUCAGUUUUGCUGUUUUGGUUUUAAAUUUGAAAUUCACUUUGAAUUCCCAACAGUUUUACUUUAGUAAAUAAACCCAUUUGAUGUCCCGAGAAUUCACAUGUUGGUGAAUAACCUGAAAGUGUACUAGACUAGCUUUCAAGUCAACCUAAAUAUCAGAGGAGUAGAGUUGAUCCCACCUUCUGUUUACACCAGCUGCCAUUAUUCCUCUAGCCAGGUUUUAUUAUUCCAUUACAUCGUUCCUUUUAGUUUUAUCUUUUUCUUAAGUUGCAUUAAAAUAUUAUCAAUGGCAUAGGUACAGAUAUCAUGCUCCCAGUCCUCGCUUCCGGUCAUACGGGAUUAUUGCAAUAGCGAUUUAACUAUACUGUCCCAUGUAUUGCUACAUAACCACACGCUUGGAUGUAAAUAUAGAACCAUAUAUUGUUAUAGAUGGAAAUGCAAUAUCUUGUGUACUUGUACCCAUUGUACUUGUAAAAUCGUUACUUUAUCCUUAUCAUUUGUGUUGUAUGAACCUGUUAUUCAUGUAUCUUUAUCACUGUGCCUUAUCAUUAAAAACCCACUUCUUCAUAAAAGCAUAUCAAUUAAACUGUUAAUAGUUCCCGACUGAUUCCUUUCUUGCAACUGUCACUAGUCUAAUACUAUCUUUACCCCACUCCCUCUAGCUGUAAGCUCAUUGAGCAGGGCCCUCAACCCCUCUUUUCCUGUGUGUCCAACUUGUCUGCUUACAACUACAUGUCUGUUCGUCCACCCAUUGUAAAGCACUGCGGAAUUCGAUGGCGCUAUAUAAAUAACAUAAUAAUAGUAAUAAAAGCAAUAAAAACUAUAAUAAACAAAAAAAAAAUAAUAAAAUCAGAGGAGUAAAGACUCCGUUAAUGGACCUCCCAUUUAAAAUGGUCAAUGUAUUGAUUCAUUUAUUUGUAAUUAUCUCCCUUAGUUCUGUCUCAGAAAGAGAAUGAUUUUGGUCUGCUCCUUAAGGAGCAUGCUCAGCAGAACAGCACACAAGCAGGAAAAAUGAUGAAAGCCACAGGAAAUGCUCUGUGUUCCUCCGCUGGGCAAAGGUAUGUGGAAUGCAUCUUUGAACAGAAGAGAGUGGUCACUGUUUAUUGGGUGAUCCAGUGUCCCAGUACCCCUGUUAGUUUAAAAAGUGCAUUGACUCAUUUUCGCUCUUCCAGUUCUUCUGCUCUUCCAGUAAAGGAAGCCAAAACUCCAAAAGCAUGUUAAAAGCUGGGGUUUUUAUCUUUGUCUUUAAUCAGGUUAGCAAUCUGCACCCCCUUAUCUCGCCUGGAGCAGGAAGUGGUCACUUUCAGUAGACGCGCAGUUUCCGAUACCCUUCUGACCAUAAAUCGUAUGGAGAAGGCACGGAUUGAAUAUAGAGGGGCUUUGCUUUGGAUGAAGGAUGUUUCCCAGGAGUUGGACCCUGACACCUAUAAACAGAUGGAGAAAUUCCGAAAGGUGGGCUGCAAGGUUUACUUGUCUGACAGGAAGCUACAAUGUGAUGUGCUGCUAAUGUAUUGAUGCCAGAUACCACAGGACAUGUUCUGAGGUCUUGUGGAGUCCACGCCUUGAUGCAUCAGAGCUGUUUUGGCAGCAUUUGGGAGGCCUUACUUUAAAAUACUUAGCAGGAAUAUUAGGUGCAACUAAUAAGUUGGGGGAUGUAGACAGAUUUAAUUUGACUGCAAAUAUUUUGUGAGUACAGAGCCUAACUGGAGUCUGUUGAUUAAAUGAUCACUGUUUUGGCUCAGUUGUCUUCAACUCAACUGAUAACAUUCCUAAAGGUACACUUUAUCAAUGAUCAACUGAAUUUAAACCAUAUUCAGCUAGAGGGAUCUCUACUGUUUUCACAGGGCUCUUGGAAAUAGCCCAACAAAUUUCCGUUUAGGGAUGGAGAAAUGUUAUAGUGUUUAGGAGGCUGAAGGUAGCAUUAGGGUGACUUAGAGUUAGAUGGGCCUAGUGUUAUGCGUGCAGCUUCUCUGGUCUGUAAUACCAUAAAUAAAGGGAGUUUGGUUGUUAUUCAGCUGUUUGGAAAUAUUAAUAGUGAUUUGGCUGAAUUUAACAGGUAAUCAAUUCAUAGUACAAGUUUGGUUGAAAUGGUCACAUUUACUUGUUGGGAAUUAGUUACAUUUGUGUGAAACAUUAACACUUUUACUUUAGAACAAGCAUGUCAAACUCAAAGUCUGGAUCGGGCCACAUAAACAAGGUUUAAGUUUAUGUGACCACAAAAAAAAUAAAAAAAAAUACCGUAAAUGUUCAUAGAAACGUAUGUUUAUUUUAAAAAGUACUGUAUAAAAAAAAAAAAAAAACAGCAGCCCCGUCUACUAGACCACAGCACCUCCUCUACUAAAUCCCAGCCCCCCUCUACUAAACCACAGCAGCCCCCCCCGCCACCCUGUGCCAAAUCUGACCCUCCCGCUGACAGACACACACAUUCACUGACAGACACACACAUUCACUGACAGACGCACACAUUCACACUGACAGACGCACACAUUCACACUGACAGACGCACACAUUCACACUGACAGACGCACACAUACUUGCUGACAGACACACACUCACUGACAGACAGACACACACACAGACAUACUCACUUUCAGAGACACACACAGACACACACAUAUUCACAGACAGACACGCACACUGACACACACAUACUCAGAGAGACACACACAUACUCAGACACACACAUACUCACUGACAGACACACACAUACAGACACACUGACAGACACACUGACAGACACACUGACAGACACACUGACAGACACACACACACUGACAGACACACACACUGACAGACACACACAUACAGACACACACACACAUACUCAGUGACAGACACACACACACUCACACAGUUACACAUUCUUGCACACACAUACAGACACACUGACAGACACACACACACACACUGACACACACACACUUUUUUUUUAUUGCUCCUUACCUCAUGGUGCCGAUGUGGGGCAUCUCCCUGGGGUUCCUCCUGCUCCUCACUGCUCCCUCGCAUGGUUUAGUGAUGCCGAGUGCCGGAAUAUGACGUCAUAUUCCGGCGCCCGGCUUCACUUCAGUCAGCGUGCGCGAGGGAGCAGUGAGGAGCAGGAACGCUGAGCUCCCUUGCUGGCCGCCAGCGUCCUGCUUCCUCCCCGGCCGGGUAAGUGUUAGCAGAGUAGGCACCUGCAAUAUGGAGAAAGCAGGCGCCCACUCUGCUAUAACACCAGUAUGUACUCGCAGCUCACCGGGCCGCAAAGAUGGUCCUUGUGGGCCGCGAGUUUGACAUGCUUGCUUUAGAACAACAUUUGAUUUGGUGAAUUGACCUCCACUGUUUGAUUUACACAUUACUCCCUCAAACAUGCUUAGCACAUCUGCGGGAUCCUAAGCCAUCCUGCUUUGAGAUAUUUCUCCCAUUGGUGCUGUUACGGGCAAAUGCAAAUAUUACAAGUUUUAGAAUGAAAUGUUGUAUUUUUUAAACUGUGUACUUUGUCUUUAAGAGAUAUUGCAAACUGACAAGGUGUUAGAAAUGGAACAUAUUGUUUUUCAUAACUGUUUCUUUAAGCAUAAUAUGUUUGCGCCAUUUUGUCCCAGACGAAUUACAAUAACAAUAAUGCAUAAACAAGUUUCAAGGCUAUGCUACGACUCUUGCAGUACACAAUAUACUGUGGUAACCAAGUUAAUGGAACUUCCCCAAAUCCGGGAAUCUCCCGCGACUGUACACUUACGACUUAGUAUAAACAACAGAUAACCUAUUCAGACUUUAAGAUGCCAUCUUGAACUAAGUCAGGAAAAUUUCCAUGACGUAUACACCCUUUAGUUAUGGCCUUGUAUGUUUGCCAAAUUAAGGGAGGUCCUAAAUUGAAUAAAGUAAAAGAAGUGUUACUUUUUCAUAUUUGAACUACAGUAACCUAAAAUGGAGACACCUAAGGUAUAAAUAGGUGUACUUUUAAAUGUUAAGACACAGAGGAGAGACUUGGAGACAGACGCUGCUCCAUCUUAAAAUGACAGAGAGGCUGACAUGAUGACAUGUUCAGAAGGGUAUGUUAACCUAUUAAUGAUAUUUGCAAGCAUGUAAUUUAAAUCUUAUAAACUCUGCUAUAAUGGAUUUUAUAUUUUUAUAUAAUAAAUAUCCAAAAGACAAUCUUGCUUCCAAGACAAUCCUUAUUUUAUAUUGUAUUCUCAAUUAUUUAUAUAUGUUAAAUAGAGGAGCUCUUACACUAUAUAAAAUUAUGGCUAAGAUAUCUGUAUGGUUAGCCCUACUAAGUUCUAUGCUUUAAGACAUUAUAGUGGUAAAUAAGGGAACCACCAGCGGUUACAGUGCCUACUGAGCAGCAGUCUAUUUAUCAUGUGGGUACAGGAAAUGGUUGCAGUAUAAAAAUUUUAAAUGACCAUUCUUUGUUUUAUUUGUAGCAGCCUAAUCAAAUAUUUGUAUUCUAAUGUAGCAAUUUAUUUCAAGUGCCAUGCCUCUAAAGAUAACAUUUCUACUUUUGUAUAAUGUCCACAGGUUCAGAUUCAGGUAAGAAACACUAAAAGCCAUUUUGACAAGACUAAGAUGGAUGUAUGCCAGAAAGUGGACCUCCUGGGAGCCAGCCGUUGCAAUAUGCUGUCACAUUCACUAGCUUCAUAUCAGGUAACACUGAUCAAACAUGUUACUUAUAUCAUAGUUGUCAAAGUUUGUUUUGCUGGGUCAGUCUCAUUGUUUUUUUAAAUCAGCCCUGCAAUGUAGAACAUUAUUCACUAAAGUGGGAAUUCAAAUUUAAAGAAACACUAUAGUGUUAGGAGUACAAACAUGUAUUUCUAACACUUUAGUGUUUCCCUACCUAUGUAGGUUAUUCUGAUGUGAUUAUCAAACAACUUGGAAGUGGGCUGCAAUAUGUAUUGAUUAAAAGAUAUGUGUCUGUAGGAAAAAAAAAAAAAGCGAAGGAGAAAGAAAACCGAAAUUGAGAAUGGGUAGAAAAGAAGAUAAAAUAAGAGCGAGGAAAAGGGAGCAAAAGUAAUUAUUCCACUGAAAAGGCAGACCUAUAUAUGGCAUUAAAAAAAAACUAUAUAACAUUUUUAAAUUAAAGGGAAAAUGCACCAAAACCCAGGAUGCUACUGCAGGCUGUUAACAGAGUAGGAUAUAAUUUAGGGGUAAUUAUUUCAGAUGACUUAAAGGUAGGCAGACAAUGUAAUAGAGCAGCAGGAAAUGCUAGCAGAAUGCUUGGUUGUAUAGGGAGAGGUAUUAGCAGUAGAAAGAGGGAAGUGCUCAUGCCAUUGUACAGAACACUGGUGAGACCUCACUUGGAGUAUUGUACGCAGUACUGGAGACCUUCAGAAGGAUAUUGAUACCUUCGAGAGGGUUCAGAGAAGGGCUACUAAACGGGUUCAUGGAUUGCGGAAUAAAACUUACCAGGAAAGGUUAAAGGAUCUUAAUAUGUAUAGCUUGGAGGAAAGACGAGACAGGGGGGAUAUGAUAGAAACAUUUAAAUACAUAAAGGGAAUCAACACAGUAAAGGAGGAGACUGUAUUUAAAAGAAGAAAAACUACCACAACAAGAGGACAUAGUCUUAAAUUAGAGGGACAAAAGUUGAAAAAUAAUAUCAGGAAGUAUUACUGUACUGAGAGGGUACUGGAUGCAUGGAAUAGCCUUCCAGCUGAAGUGGUAGAGGUUAACACAGUAAAGGAGUUUAAGCAUGCGUGGGAUAGGCAUAAGGCUAUCCUAACUAUAAGAUAAGGCCAGGGACUAAUGAAAGUAUUUAGAAAAUUGGGCAGACUAGCUGGGCCGAAUGGUUCUUAUCUGCCGUCACAUUCUAAAGGAAGUUUGAUACAUGGGAAUUGUAGUUAACAUUAGAUAUCCCUUUACAGCAAAUGUGUAGAGUAGACUAUGUAAGUCCCAGCCAGGGGAUGUUUGGCUAGGGCUGUAUAAACAAAGUGAUUUAAUGGCAGAUGAGUGAGACUGCAGAGGCGUGAUCUAUACACCAAAACUGCUACAUUAAGCUAAAGGUUGAUUUGGUGCUCCGAGUGUCCCUUUAAUGUAUUAUAUUGAAAUAAAACAUGCAGAACUGUGGAUCCAACAAACCCUGUGCACGUGUAGAAUGAAAGUAGAAAUGAAUAAAUUGCUAUGUUUUAUUUCGUUCUAACAGACCACCCUACUGCACUUCUGGAAAAAGACUGCUCAUCUUAUGUCCGAAAUACAAGAGGAAUUUCAAGCAAUGCUUCCAUUCAGUGUAUCAGAAACCAAGGUUAUUUUUCUGUAUACUUUUCAUCUUUCCCAGCGACCUAAAGGGGAACCAUUACCGUGGGAAUCGAUAUCAUGACAUUGGGUUUUCAUGGUGAUUGAUCCACGUUUCUGUUAGCAAUGCUUCUACAUCUCCUCUCCUUUGUAUGUUAAUGGAACACUGUAGUGUUAGGAAUACACACAUGCAUUGUGUUCUCAUCCUUAUUUAGAUAAAAAGUUGUUAUAGCUUUGCCAUCAUGACUUAUUCCAGUUUUCAUUAGUGCGCCAGUUUAUAUAUUGCUUUUGGUGGGGAUUUGAGCUUAAUUUUGAAUGGCUUGUUUCCAACAGCAAGAGAGAGAACAUGUACCCCUAUUUAUAACCCUUAUUGCAGAAUGAGGACUAAUGAGUGUAUAAAUCUUUCCUUCUCCUUACUUCCUAGGCCAGUGAUGGCUAACUAUGGCACUGCAAGUGAUGGUAAGAUACAUGGGAAAUGUAGUUCACAAGCACAUACAGUGCCAAAGGUAGCCCCUGUACACACUGGCUGGGAGGAACCUAAAUUAAUUGCAUAUGUGUUGCUCAAUUCCUUUGACCUAACUUCCUUCCUCUACCCAAUGUAUUGGGUACCGAGCGUCCCUCCUAAUGAGUUAUAUAUCCUAGACAGAGCUUGGCUGAAUGCUGCCAUCCACCCUCUAAAGAGUUGAUUAUGAGAUCGGAAUUACCAUCUUCUGUUCCACCAGUAACUUUAUUGGAAAGUGUGAGGGAUGGCAAUCACACAAAUUCCUCUUUUCCAGUUACCCGAUGAACGUGCAUUUUCUUUUAGCACCGAAAGACAUCGGGCGUUUUAAUCCUUUAAACGCAGAACAGUGCAUUUUAUUGCACAAGAUGCACCAUUUACUUUAAAUUAUUAUUUCACUUUUCUGUUUUUUCCUUAUCCUGUGUAGUUGGAUCUGAAGGGAGAGAGGGAUGUUCUAUUCUCUAUCUAACAGACUGAGAAACUCUAGACUCGUUGAGAACACAUUAUGGAAUUGCUCCCCAUCUUACAUAUAGGAGAUUCGGGACUAAAUGGAUUCAUCAUACUAUUUCUUUGAAGAAAUGUUUCUACAGCAUUUGCUACUCUGUAUAUCUAUUUGGAGUAUGUGAUCACAGAUACUUGGUACCUUGGAUCUCUUCUCUCAACAAUUUAUGCUAGCCUAGUAUUCCUAUGUAAGGAAUGGAUGCCUAAUGAGACGUAUGAUGGAGCAGGAGGGCUAGAUUUAAUAAAGCCUUACAGUAUCCACUGUCCAAUUGGUUUUUAAUAGAUACAAGGAGAUAGGCCUAGCUAAUAACAGGAUAAGUGUUAGUCUAUCACAGAGCUAUUGUAGUGUUAUAGUAAAAUGGUGAUUUCUAUUGAGGAGUUAUUUGGUUGUCCAGUGAAGUGAAUUUAGAUUUGUGGGAAUUUUUGUAGAUUUUCAUCAGGUAUGCCCUACCACAUUUGUUUUGCAGUCAGUGCUUUUUCUCUCUCGUAGCUCUUCUUCUGUAUUUUAUGUGCCGUAAUUUUAGGCAAUAAAAGCAUUACUCAUCUCACUGGUGCUUAGUGGGUAUUUUUACAUUUAAUACGUAACUUAUAUUUUAUUGAUGUGUUUUAGGUCACUAAAUAGGUUUCUAUUUUCCUAAUGCAUGUAUGUUCCCUUCUAGUCUCUUCUCACUAUUCCAAUUAACCCUUCCCAUUCUUGCAUGAUGGAAAAAAAUCGUAUUUGGUUACCAACUGGCAUAGCCCAUGUAACGUCCACCCUGGUGGUUAGAGGGGUGUAUGACGUUGGAGACGUCCUUUGCCCUUGCGAGAGGUUGAGCUGCAGUGUAUUCCCGAUGUCCCAUCAGCUGGAUCAGUGUAGAUAGAGAGAGGGGCAGAGCUCUUACAAGAGCUAGUGAUUAGCUGGAUGCAGGUUCUCUUCAAUAACGAGACGAGGCUAUGUAUUGAGGGUUAAGCAGAAUUGAAAGUUUAAUGUGCCAGGCUUGCUUUUAUACAACUUUUCCCACGAGGUUACCACCCAUGUGAACCUUGUUGGGCACCGAAAACACAAACUCAACAACCAAUAGUUUACAGUCACACAGUUAAACACUCCCAUUCAUUACUGUAAAUUCCUCCUCUCUGCUUGGGAGAUAAUUGAGUUAAUUGCUGUAUCAACUCAGUUCUCUCUGAGCGAAAAAUACACUUUUUACUCAUUUUUCAUAACAUUAAAAUUAUACAUCCAACUCCCAUAAAAUAUAUUUUCAGAAUGAGCAUAAUUAGGGAACAAACAUAUCCAAAAAUCAUACAAAUUGGUUCAGGGGUUCGUGAGAUAGAUGGAAGUCCCAUUUCUGCCUGGUUGCACACGAGGCUCCUGCCCAAAAUAGUUCCAUGCGUUCAGCUGGUGUGUCCAGUCCCUUUUUGUAUAUUUAAAAUACCGAACAGUCAUUCUUUUUAUUGUUUGUGCCUUUGGUGGUCGUGUGCCGCCUCGUUCGUGUAAUACUUCUACCGAACGCCGCCUUGUUCGUAUGAAUCUGUGCGAAGUUAAGUGGUCUUGGAAGUUUCAGCGGUGUUCGGGCGUUUGAGUGUCCGAAAAUAGUUUCAAACACUCGACGACCAAACCCCGCUGAACGCGUUCGACAAAACAAGAUGGCCGCCGCCACAUUUUCAUGCAUACGAAUCGACGGCCACACAGUGAACCACUUAGAACAUUUGCGUUUGGAACAGAGUCAAGGAGUCAAUGGCGGCACACGACUGGUCUGGGUGGUCUCUGGUUCGGUAGUUUGUUCGGUUAUACGAACGAGUUAGCAGGGUUAUUCGUUUUCCCAUUCUUAUGUUCAGCAUAACAACGGUAACAAAUACAGUGGUUACAAUGUUCCAAGUCUGUUGGCCAGGCAAUAACAGGGAUCUGUUACAGCCCAAUAUAUGCCCUGAGCAGUCCUGGCACUAUAAGUGAGCAUUGCUGGCUCCUGUAUAUUGCAAGGAGGGGGUGGGGCACAAUUUGCAUUCUAUCACUGUGACAGAAAGCCAAGUUCAGCUAGUUUAUUGUGGUUUAAUUUUACAAUUCAAUGAAAACUAAAACAGACUUUAGCAUGCAACUGGUUAUUGAUUAAGUGUUUGGGACACGCUUUAUUCCCUUUAAGACAUUCAUUAUCCUGAAAAACAUGCCAUGGACUCCAUAUGCUGUAUGUUACCAGUGCAGUCAAUUUAAUUUUAUAGAUGUACAUACGUGUUUAUUUUAACCCGCUGUUUUACGUGUAUUUCUAACGUCCUCUAGCCUUGUGCGCAGCUCUCGGAGAAUAGCACAGAGGAGACACACAGUGAGCACGCAGCAGAACACAAGGACAUGUGAGUACAAAAGGCAACAGUUACCCGUGUUAUGCCGUAUUCUUAGAUUAGAAAUGGUAUAUCUUCAAUGGUCUUACAUGUAUGAAAAAUUAAUAUCUGACGUCUCUUUGGCUAAGAUUUCACAAACCUUUAUACUGUCCUACAUUUAAAAAACGAUUGACAUAUAAUCUGAAUGACAAUUUAAAGGUUUUCUGGUUGUGCUAUCACUGUAUGGAGAGUAUAAGUUGCAGUAGGAUAUGUCUUCAUACAACAACUUUCUGUGCUGUUGUUUUCUCCCCUUGGGGAUCAGAGAUUCUUCCUUUAUCUGCUUGAAUGUUUUACCUCUUCAACAGUCUUCAUUCUAGUACAGUGUGGUUAGAUAGACAUUCACGAUCAUCUGUUUUACAAACGGGUUGUUGUGGCCAGUCCAGGCGUUGUAAAACCAAAGCAAGCGUUUUUCUAGCCAUCCGUGCAUUAGUUUAAUUCCAAAUAGUUCUAUGGCUUAAGUAUGUGCAAAUCUUCAAUCUAAAUUUCAUCAAUCUUUUUCCUUUUAAAGGUUAAAAUAUUAUUUUAUGUCAUCAGAAAUCAUCUAUGCACCAUCAUAUAGCAUCUUAAAACCUUUUAUAUAAAAGACAAUAUUAUAGAAAUAUUGGUAUGUGCGGUUUGUACAACCUAUAGCAAUGGUAGACCACCUACGGCACCCCAGAUGUGGACUACAUCUCCUUUAAUGCACUUACAGUCAUAAUGCCGGCAGAAGGUUGCCUACCCCUGACCUGCACAUUGCUUUGUGCCUUUUAUUGCCUGUGUUUUCUACUGACAUGUAUUGGCAAUUCUUUCUCUAAUAAAGUCUUGUGUUUUUAUGCUCUCUACUUUGCAAUGACAAUUUUCAGGGACAAUUAGUAAAGCCAGAAUUUAAAGUGGAUUCUAAGAGAACUUCAAAUAUAAGGCCAGAGUAGCUGAACUGAAAGCAUAAAUGAUAGAGAAUUAUUCUAGUUCAGCUAUUUUGACCUUGCACCCUCAGAUUGUUCAAAUAACCAUUUCCUGUUUCCGGUGCAGUGGCUACUCUGCAAAUCACAGAAUUUGAUUGGCUGCAGGCAUCACAUGCUCUCCACAGCCUUGCUGACUUUACACUGUGUCUGAAAGUUGUGAUGCAAUUUAAAAAUGACCUCUUCUCCAUUGAACAAUGAUAGAUGCAGUAAUUCCCGAUAAACGUUCUGUAGCUUGUUUAGGUGAAAAUUAUGUUUUCAAUUUUUUUUAAAACCAGUGGUUCCCAAACUAGUCCUUGUGGCUCAGGAGCAGUUCGGGUUUUGAUGGUGUCUCCUUGGUAUAGAAAGGGGAAAUACCUAAAACCUGGACUGUAGCUGGGCCAUGAGAACUGGUUUUGGAUCCACUGUCAAAACCAUUUAUGGAAAGAAGAUACCACGUGACGACCGUAUCAGUUCAAAUCCUGACUCUCCUUACUACAGCCAAGGAAUGUCAUGGUUAACAUGUGAAUGUUUAAAAUUAAAAUAUAUCGGCUACCAUUACUGACCAUGCAGUUAAAAACCAAUCCGCUUUCAGUAUUUCCCUCCUAACUGCUCUGAUCCCACCUAUUUUACAUGGAAUACAAGUCCAAUUUUCUUCUAUAAACUGCAUAAUAGGCAGUGACUUUUGUCCUUGCCAAGGAGAGUGAUUUUGGGUUAGAUAGGUGUUAUAUCUGACUGAGGAUUGACUAAGAUUUAUGUGAUCACAGGACAACAGGGGAAAAGAUCUAUGACAGGGGUAGGCAACCUACGGCACUAGUGCCAUGCAUGGCACUCAAGAUGUCUUUGCACAGCACUCAAGGCUGCUAGAGCCAAACAAGCUCUGGCCUAUCAGGAGUCCUGGUAUCCGAUACCUGCUAAUACGAAGAGGUGGUGAAGGACAAUCCUCAAUUUAUGCAUUGCAGCAUGUAGAGGAAGUGAUCUCAGAUCACUUCCUCCCAGCACAUGUGAAUGGGAAUCCAUACUGCAGUAGAGCAGCCUGCAGCUGCUGUUGCAGCUCCUGUCCUUGACCUGUACCUGGCCAGCCCGGUCCCCACUGGAAUUCAGGGAAGCCACCCACCCUGCUAGAUAUACACAGAAAGGCAGAAUAACCCUCCCCUAAUACAAAUAACACGAACAGCCCACACACAAACAUACACACAAUCCUUACAAACGCAACACCACUAACAAUCCACAUGCAUGCACACACACCACCAACCACAAACUUCUCAUGAACAUAUACAAUAUAAUAGCUCAUAUACUCUCAAAUACAACGAUACAAAGCAAUUACAGUAAAAAUAACACAAGCAGAAUACGGCAGCAUACACACCUCAAUUUAAAAAAAUAGGACCGGCACGGUACGGGACAUCACAAUCCUAUAUCGGCACAGUGCUGCUAAAAGGUUGCCUACCCCUGAUCUAUUAGGUAAUUUUGAAUUCAGUGUACUUGCUUAAAGGAAAGAUAUUGAAAACAGACAAACUUAACAGGAGAAAACAAACAUUUCAUGAUAGUUUUCCUUUAACAAAAUCAAAAAUCUUAAUCGAUUUAAUGUAUUUGUUUUGUUUUUUAUUUAUUUUUUAUUUAUUUUUUUUAUUUUCAGGUUAGUUACACUACAGAUGGAAUCCCAAGCAGAAUGUGGAGCAGAAUUGGGUAAAUGUCAUAGAAACCGUUUUUCUGUUACAUGCAUUUUAUUUGUUUUUGUUUGCUGACAAUAUAUUAUACAUGUUAUUUUCCUUCAGAAAAAGUGUCAAAAAAAUAAAAUAAUGGAAUUUGCAUAAAGAGCUUUGUGAUAAGCACGAUUGUGCAGGGUUGCUGCAAGGAUUUUUAAUGCUGCUUGUUCAUCCUCUCUGCCUCCUUUCUCCUAGUCUUUGAUUUCAGUUGCUUUUUUUCAUGGUUCUGCUGCAUGUGAACACGAGGCUUUGAGGAGGCUGUGCAUGGUACCAGGUAGUAGAGUGUUGCACACCAGUAUAUUGACACACUGGAGCUCUGUGGGGGAGGUCUGCUAGCCCCCAAUAUAAAGCCAAAAGUAUAGAGCCACAGGCUACACAGUGCAGGGUGAUCAGUAAGGUGUAUUUAAUAACAAUCUGUUUUCCUGGCACUGCAGGUCUCCUCUCCCUCCCACCACCCAUCCCCGGUUGUUGAAGGUGUGAAAACCCCUUCAGUCACUUACCUGAGACCCCCGCCGAUGUCCCUCGGCGGUGGUUUCGGGUCGCCACCGCUCCUCCCCUUCAUUACGCCAGCCCGCGGUGGAGACUGAUCCCGCCCGACGGCUGAGGAGACCUAAUGCGCAUGCGCGGCAAUAAUUACACUUGCAGGGUUAAGGGUAGUGGGAGUUGGCACCCAGACCACUCCAAUGGGCACAAGUGGUCUGGGUGCCUAGAGUGUCCCUUUAAUUAUGGUCCAAAAGACAAAACAAACAUACAAUGUGAGCCCUUGAUCAUGUAUAUAUCUUUGCUCCCAAUAUAAAUCCAGAAGUAUAGGAGGUGUGUGGGAGGCUUUGCUAUGUAUUUAGUAGGUAUGAGGAUUAUGUGUGCAUGGAAAGCUGUGAUGGGUGUGUGUUGGGCGAUGUGUUUGUGGUGUGGAUAUACUGCAUAUAGUGUUGUUCACUUCUUAGAUUUUUAUUUAUUUAGUGUUUUUGAAGGCAGAAUCUUAUUCUCUGGUAGGCGGGUGAGUGCUAGUAGCAGUGAUGGGGUGAAGGGCUAAUCCUUUUUAAAAAAAAAAAAUUGUAUUCUUUAUUUUGUUGUGCAUGUAAAAAGAGGCAAGCAAUGCCACAUAAGCUAUUGCUAGCAUAGUAAUCAACAUUCAGAGACAAUUGUAUGGGAUCCAAUAACAUUGCACAUUUUAUAAUAUGAUGUAGAAUGAUAAAUAGAUAAACUAACAUGUCAGUUACAAGACAAGGCAUGUGUAAGUAAGUCGGAUUAUACGUACUGACAGUUUGGAAAAGUAUGGAACGGUAAGCUUAGAUUGGACAUAUUCUAUAUUCACUAUUUAUAAAAACCAGGUAUGAAAUGUCUAGCUACUAUCAGCUUUAUCUUCCCAGGAGGCCCGGGAUCCCUCUGGGUAAGGGCAUGAGGAUGCAUGUAGAUCUGCUGACUUGCAUAUUGUGUUACACGAGUGACCAAAACAGUAAAACUAAACAAAAUGCACUCUAUUCAAAAGGUAACAUCGUUCACAUGUAAAAGAUAUGGUUAUGUUGCUUUCUGCUAAUACGGAUUUCUUCUGUGUCCCAGAAAGUCCCUCAGUGCCUUCUCCAGCCUAUGCCUUCCAUGGUUACUACCCAGACCUGUAAUCCGCAUAGGGACUCAUCCAUCACAGAUACCAGUCCUGAGAGCCCUGAUGCCAGGCAUAUCUGCUUGUGCACAUAAAUGCAUGCUGUAGAGUGACCAGGUCUGCUUGUCUGUGUCGGUUGGGUCCGGCGUGGGUAAGAGUGCAGGCUCUUCAUGGCUUUUGUGCCGGGCUUUGAUUUGGAGGUGGGCUGGGAUGAGACUGGCUGUAACCUGCGUGGGAUAUUAGUAGCAAUCAGGUGUAGUAGCCACACGGGUUUGUGUGCUGACAGGAUGUUGCACUGUCUUCAGUGCCAUUUUCUGGCUUGCGGUGGUCGCCUUGGCUUGGAUUUCUGCGACAGCAAUAACCCACAUCGGUCCAUGGGGGGGGGGAUUGCCUCAAGGAGCAGGAGCAGCUCUAUCCUGCCUCUGCUCAGCUCUGCAGUCAGGCUCCGCCUCGAAGGGGUAAUCAUUUGAUCUCUAUACUUUCCCAUGGGUCUGCUAGGUACCGUCUCAGAACAUGUGCGCCAUUAAAAAUGCCUUAUUCUCUUUAUGGUAGCACCGGGCUUGAUAUGUUUCUUCCUAACCUGCUUAUACAGCUAGAUCCGUUGCUGAAGUUUUGAGUAGUAGUGUUAUUAUCUAUUUAAGAUACAUGACAGCAGCAAAAUAUGUUUGAGUACAUCUCCUGUAUCUUAAUAGUGAUAAGAUACAUGAAUGUACAUCAUCAUAGAUUAUAUACAAAGCAUGAAUAACAAAGGAGCUCUGUAGUGUUGCAUUACCAUCAGCAAAAAUAAGGGGUAAAAAAAGAGGGUGGGAUUGAGAAACCGGAGUAGUGGACCUUGCUGAGGUAAAGAUAGGGGUGAUUUGAGACCUAGUGCCGGGCUCCCUUGGCGCUGGGGAACUCUCCUCCUCCUGCUGACGUCAGUGCUGAAUGCGCAUGCGCGGCAAGAGCCGCACGCGCAUUCAAUCAGUCAAUAGGAAAACAUUUCUCAAUGCCUUAUCACUGUGAUUUUCAGUGUGAAUCGCAGAAGCAGCCUCUAGUGGCUGUAGGUGAGACAGCCACUAGAGGCUGGAUUAACCCCGAACAGAAAAGAGACAUCUGUUUUUUGUUUUUUUUUACAUAAAUCAUUUUUAUUAGAGAAUGUUAUCAAUGCAUAUAAUAUCAAAACUGUAACAUUUUCAUAUAACAGAGUAAACAAUUGCUAUACGACAAUUUACAACUAUUUUUCCUAGAUUGACAACAAAGCUUUGCUUAAACGUAUUAUGCUGUUGUCCUCCGGUAAUUGUAGCCUUAUUAGCUUAAUUAAAACCUAAGAAUACCACAGAAAGAUAACAUAAAGGGAGGGGAAUACAGAAAGGAAAAAAAGGGGGGAGGGGGGCUAGGUUCACAUUGAUAUUGGUUAUGCAACAGUUCUUGUGACACAUACCCUGGUCUUAGAACCCUAGAGCCUGGCCGGACAUUCAAGUCACACAAAAGUGGUGCCCUGUAAGCUAUUUAUUCCUAUCAGUUUCCUCAUUGUUAGCGUUGCUGUCCUGUGCCUUUCCAAUAUUUGUGGCCCAGCAUUCCCAAUCUCUCACAUACCUACUUACACAACCCUGUGUUUUGCUAACCAUUCUCUCGUUAAUACUUAUCGUAUUCAAUUUUAGUAUGAGAGUAUUUAACAAGGGAAUCGUUGUGCUCUUCCAGUGAAACGCCAAGUUUAUCUUAGCUACCGUGAGAAUGAUGAGCAAUACUUUGUGGUUGGGGUGGUGUAUCAGCCCGGGGAUGAUAUGCAGAAGGUAGCUGGUUGGCUUCUUUGGUAUUCUAUAGAGCAGCGGUUCCCAAAGUGUGGGUCGCAGGGCGAUUCCCAGUGUGUCGUGCUGACCAACACAUCCAGGGCCACCGGAGACUCGGGAGUCAGACUGAUCAGGAAGGGGCCUGGCGGCUUGCCCGGUAUGCCGCCGGGUUCCUUCCAAUCAGUCUGCCCAGCACCUCCGGUCUGCAGCUCCGCCGGGUGCAGACCGUGUGAUAGAAGUCUCACGAGCACCCAGAGCAUUACCAUGGCAACACUCUGGGAGCUCGCCAGACUUUUAUUACACUGUCUGCAGCUCUGCACCCGGCGGAGCUGCAGACCAGAGAGGUAACCCACCGGACCACUAGGGACGUUUAAUGAAGGUAGGGCACAGAGCCCAAACAAUGCCCCACCCCAAUGUAACCCCUUCUCUCCCUGCACCCCCCACACAAUGUAACCCUUUCACUCCCUGCCCCACCCAACACAAUGUAACCCCUUUACUCCCUGCCCCACCCAACACAAUGUAACCCCUUUACUCCCUGCCCCACCCAACACAAUGUAACCCCUUCACUCCCUGCCCCCAACACAAUGUAACCCCUUCACUCCCCUGCCCCCCACACAAUGCCAACCCCUUCCUCCCCUGCCCCCCUGUGCUUGUCCCCUUCACUCCUGCCCCCAAUGCAACCCCGCCUGCUCGUGCCCCCCUCCCACAAUGCCAACCCCUUCACUCCUUUUCCCACAGUAGCAACCCCUUCACUCCUUGCCCCCCCUCCCCACAAUGUAGCCUUCCUCCUUCCCCCCCCUCCCACAGUGUAGCCCUUCACUUCUUGCCCCUCCACCUCAUGUGCUUCCUCCCUUGCCCCUGCCCUGUGUGGCCUUCCUCCUUGCCCCUUCCCACCUGUGGCUCCCUUUCACUCCCUUGCCCCUGCCACAAGUGCAACCCCUUCGCACUCCUUGCCCCCCACACUGUAACCCCUUUUCACUCCUUGCCCCUCCUGAUGUGACCUUCCUCCUUGCCCCCUUCCCCACACUGUAACCCCUUCACUCCUUGCCUCCUCCCCACAGUGCCAGCCUUCACUCCUUGCCCCCCAGACAGUAGCGGCCUUCAAGCUUCUUUGCCCCCCUCCCACACUGUAGCCCUUUCACUCCCUUGCCCCCCUGCCCGCACUGUGGCCCUUCAUCCCUUUCUUGCACUGUAGCCCCUUCACUCGCCCUUUACCCCACUGCCAACCCUUUCCUCCUUGCCCCCUGCCUGAUGCCAACCCCUUCACUCUUGCCCCUUCCCACAGUGUAGCCUUCACUCGCCCUUUAUCACACUGUAGCCUCUUCCUCAAGCUGCCCCCUCCACACUGUAACCCCUUCACGCCCUGCCCCCCCACUGUAGCCUUUUAUCCCCCUGCCCGCCCACUGUAACCCUUUCUCCCCCUGCCCACCCACUGAAGCCCUUUCUAACCCUUCCCUCACACUGCCCCCCACACUAUUACCAGCACACAUACUCCCUCCCACACUGUCACUCUCACCUCUCCCACACGCUGUCACCCUCACCUCCUGUCUCUGCGUGUAUGUGUAUCUGUGUGUCCGUGUGUAUCUGUGUGUCCGUGUGUGUCUGUGUGUAUUGUGUGUGUCUGUGUGUAUUGUGUGUGUCUGUGUACAUGAGUGUCUUUGUAUCUGUGUGUGGGAAACUAGGUGUCAUUGUGUGUCUCUGUGUAUUGCUGUGUCAGUGUGUGUGUAUUUCUGUGUCUGUGUGUGUCUCUGUAUGUGUGUGUAUGUGUAUACACUGCACACAUACUCCAUACAAAAAACAUGCUUACAUUCAAACACAUUGUGUAUAUGUAUAAUUUAUAAACACAAUAUAAACACACUGCAUCCACUACACACGCACUGCAUUUAAAAGCAAACAUUACAUACAAACACACCCCUGCAUUAAAACACUAAAAUGAUCUACAAACACCCCUUCAUUCAAACACCAACACUACACACAAAAAGCACACCUGCAUUUAAAGUUCUACACUACAUACAAACACCCAUGCAUUCAGACGCAAACAUUACAAACAAGUACACCACUACAUUCCAAUGGCAACAGUACAUACAAAUACACCCAUACAUGCACACAUAUACCGUAUUUAUCGGCGUAUAACACGCACCGGCGUAUAACACGCACCUCAUUUUAAGAAGGAAAUUUCAGGGAAAAAAAACUUAAAGGACCACUAUAGUGCCCUGAGGGUGCCCCCCCCCUCAGGGACCCCCUCCCGCCGGGCUCUGGAGAGAGGAAGGGGUUAAACACUUACCUUUCUCCAGCGCCGGGUGGGGAGCUGUACUCCUCCUCUCCUCCUUGCUCGCGACGUCAUCGGCUGAAUGCGCACGCGCAUUCAGCCCGUCGCAUAGGAAAGCAUUUACAAUGCUUUCCUAUGGACGCUUGCGUGCUCUCACUGUGAUUUUCACAAUGAGAAGCACGCAAGCGCCUCUAGCGGCUGUCAAUGAGACAGCCACUAGAGGCUCUGGAGGCUGGAUUAACCCUCAGUAUAAACAUAGCAGUUUCUCUGAAACUGCUAUGUUUAUAUAUUAAAAAAAAAAAAAAAAAGUUAAUCCUAGAGGGACCUGGCACCCAGACCAAUUCAUAAAGCUGAAGUGGUCUGGGUGCCUAGAGUGGUCCUUUUAAAUUUCAAAUAAAGAACUUCUUACUUCCCCUUCCCCCUCUUACCCCUUCUUACUCCCCCUCCCCCUCUUCUUACUUCCCCCUCUUACCCCUUUCUUACCCCCCUCCCCUCUUUCUCUUACUUCCCUCCCCUUCUACUUCCCCCCUUCUUACCCCCUCCCUCUUACCCCUUUCUUACUCCCUCCCCUUCUUACUCUCCCUCUUCUUACUCUCCCCCUCCCUCUUACCUCUUUCCCCCUCCCCGCCUACCCCUCCUCCCUCACUCCCUCUUCUACCCUCCCGUACCGUGGUCAGCUGCCUGCUGUUCCGCGCGGAACAGGAGUUUCUCUCUCUGUACCGUCGGUCGGACAGGAAGGUGCACACUGAGCGUGCACCUUCCUAUCACUCCGGCCGGCCACCGCGGACAGCAGAGCGGCUCGGCCACGCUACAGGGGAGGUGAGUACCAACUGCAGCCGCCUGAGCGCUCUUGACAGAGCGCUCAGGCGGCUGCAGUAUUUAAAGGGCCGGCGUAUAACACGCACCCACAAUUUCUCCCCUAUUUUCAGGGAGAAAAAGUGCAUGUUAUAUGCCGAUAAAUACGGUACUUAAUACAAAAAAACAUGCUUAAAUUCAAACGCUCAAACAAUGCUCACAAAUAUAAUGCAAUGAUGCGAAAAUGGUAGAUACCCAUCUGGCAUAGCAUUGUUGAAGUUCUCCGACAGACGAAGAUCUACCUUUAGGCCACACUUGCACUAAAGGGGGGCCCAGAAAACAUACUUGCACCAGGGCCCUCUCUACAUUAGUUCCACCACUGGGACAAUCAACGUGAGAUGCCUGGAUGAAAGAGCAGGACACAGCACUUCUGAUUCUGAGUCUGUGAGUAAGCAGUUGUAUGUCUCUAAAACUGAUUACCAUGAUGUGCAAAGUUUCUGCCUCUAAAACUGCCAUGAUAUCCCACAAUUAUGCCUCUAAAACUGCCAUGUUAUGCCAAUUUUAUGCAUCUAAAAGCUGAUUGCCAAGGUAUGCCAAUUGUAUGCAUCUAAAAGCUGAUUGCCAUGGUGUGCCAAUUUUAUGCAUCUGACUGUUUGCCAUGGUGUGCCAGUUGUAUGCCUCUGAAGCUGAUUGCCAUGAUGUGCCAAGUUUAUGCAUCUAAAAGUGAUUGCCAUGGUGUGCCAAUUUUAUGCCUCUAAAGCUUGUUGCCAUGGUGUGCCAAUUGUAAGUCUCUAAAACUGAUUGCCAUGGUGUGCCAAUUUUGUGCACCUGAAGUUGCCAUGAUGUGCCAAGUUUAUACAUCUAUAACGGAUUGCCAUGAUGUACCAAUUUUAUGCGUCUAAAACUGAUUGCCAUGAUGUUACAAUUUUAUGCCUCUAAAGCUGAUUGCCAUGGUAUGCCAAUUGUAUGCAUCUAAAGCGGAUUGCCAUGGUGUGCCAAUUUUAUGCCUCUAAAACUGAUUGCCACGGUAUGCCAAUUGUAUGCAUCUAAAGCGGAUUGCUAUAGUGUGCCAAUUUUAUGCAUCUAAAGCUGCCAUAAUGUUCCAAUUGUAUGCCUGUAAAGCUGAUUGCCAUGGUGUGCCAAUUGUAUGCAUCUAAAGCAGAUUUCCAUGGUGUGCCAAUUUUAUGCCUCUAAAACGGAUUGCCACAGUGUGCUAAUUGUAUACCUCUAAAGCUGUUUGCCAUGGUGUGCCAAUUUUAUGCCUCUAAAAUUAAUGGUCAUGGUGUGCCAAUUGUGUGCAUCUAAAGCGGAUUCCUAUGGUGUGCCAAUUGUAUGCCUCUAAAGCCGAUUACCAUGGUGUUCAUGGUGUUUUAAAAUAUGCAUUAAAAGCAGGUGGGUCUCGAAAAAUUACCGUUUUGAAAAGUGGGUCUCGGCCCAUAAAAGUUUGGGAAGCCCUGCUAUAGAGUGUGGUAUCAGAAAUAAAUUUCCCCACCCGGUCCCAGUAUUCUCCCAGGGCCGGACAAUCCCAAAAUGUGUGUAGCAUAGUGCCUAUCUGUGUUUUGCAUCUCCAGCAUAGCUCCGCGAUAUAGAUUCGCGAUAACUUGUAUGGCACCAGGUACCAUCUCAUGGUGAUUUUACAGAAGGCUUACCAGACCGAUAAGCUCCUUGAGGCUCGUUUAGUAAUUGACAUAGCUUCGUGCCAAUGUGACAGAGGUAUCUCAUACCCCAGCUCCUUCUCCCAUUGGAUCAUAUAGGGCAUUUUGUCUUUUGCAGGCCCCUGGAGAAGAGCAUUGUAACAGAGAGAGAGGUUUCAAGUGUUUGGCUGAAAGCACUGAGGGUACAUUCACUACCGCUUCAGGAAGUACAUCAUGUGUUGUGUCUAACCUGGAAAACAUUAAACUUUUUUACUCUCAUGUACAAAAAUAGGUCUCUCGGUGGUAGCGAGUAUUGUUUUUGGAGCACUGGGAAUGGUUUAAAUUUAUCCCCCUCGAAUAGAUCAUUCACCUUUUUGAACCUUUUGUGACCCACGAUUUAAUCGUUAGGUCUGGGGAGAUGCUCAUCAGCACCUCAAUUGGUGCAGAAUGGAAUAGGGUGUCGGGUUUAAUAAUGGUUGAACUCCAGGUUCUCCAAGCUUGUACUAGAAAUUUGGAAUUGUGUAGCAUAUGGGCACACUUGACCGGGCAUCAUGUUGGACCAUAGGGAGCUAGCAAUGUUGUGUGGACUUAUGCAUGCAUUCUCUAGAGACAGCCAAAGCGGGCAGGGGUCCAUAUGUGAGAGUCGCAAAAUGCGUAUUCCUUGAGCUAGCGCCGUGGCCCUAUAAUAGGCCCUGAUGUCUGGUAAUCCCAGCCCUCCCUUGAUAUAAGGGAGCCCUAAAUUAUGGUAUGCCACUCGAGGUGGCUUUCGCUUCCACACAUGUGCAUUAAUGGUAGAUUGAAAUGGAUUAAUAAGUUUGGUAGGCAGUGAUAUUGGCAACGUACGAAAUAGGUAAAGGAUGAGCGUCAGGAUCAUAAUUUUUAGAGAGUUUAUGCGACCCAACCAAGAAACUUCUAAUUCAGCUCAUCUUACCAGUGAGGUUUUUAUCUUGUGUAGCAAUGGAUAGUGGUUUUCUGUUGGAAUUGUUUGGAUGGAUUUAGUCAAUUGAACCCCUAGCUAGGACAGUUUUUUUUCCUCCAAUCAAAUGUGUAUAGUUUUUAUGGCUGGGUCACUACGGCUUGAGGGAGAUUUAUGGGUAAAGCUUGGGUUUUGGCCGUAUUGUUUCUAUAGUAGGAGAUUCUACCAUAUGUGUUCAGGAUUUCUAGUAGCUUCGGAAUUGAAGUUGUUGGGUCCGAAAGAAACAGGAGAAUAUCAUCCGCGAAUAACACUAAUUUUUUCAUACCCCCCGGGGUAACUAAAACUAAACUGGAAUUAGUGUGUUCUGGUUAAAGGACCACUAUAGUGCCAGGAAAACAUACUCGUUUUCCUGGCACUAUAGUGCCCUGAGGGUGCCCCCACCCUCAGGGACCCCCUCCCGCCCGGCUCUGGAAGGGGGAAAGGGGUUAAAUCUUACCUUUUCCCAGCGCUGGGCGGAGAGCUCUCCUCCUCCGUUCCUCCUCCUGGGCUGAAUGCGCACGCGCGGCAAGAGCUGCACGCGCAUUCAGCCCGUCGCAUAGGAAAGCAUUUACAAUGCUUUCCUAUGGACGCUUGCGUGCUCUCACCGUGAAAAUCACAGUGAGAAGCACGCAAGCGCCUCUAGUGGCUGUCAAUGAGACAGCCACUAGAGGAUUAGGGGGAAGGCUUAACCCAUUCAUAAACAUAGCAGUUUCUCUGAAACUGCUAUGUUUAUGAAAAAAUGGGUUAACCCUAGCUGGACCUGGCACCCAGACCACUUCAUUAAGCUGAAGUGGUCUGGGUGCCUAGAGUGGUCCUUUAAUUUGGCGUAAGAGUGGUUCCAAGCAUAGGAUAAAAACAAUCUGGGACAGCGGACAUCCCUGUCGCAUGCCGUUGCAUAUAUAGAAAGGUGUAGAUAGGAACCCUGUGCUAAAAACUUUAGAUAUGAAAGCGGGUGGGAAGUUCAUUCUUUCUAGCGUUCGCUCCAUGUAGCCUCAGUGCAAUCGAUCGAACGCCUUUUCGGCAUCCAAAGCAAGGAUCAGACCACUCCGGGACGAAGGUUGGCCCAGUCUAUGAGGUUCAGAAAAUGUCUGGUGGUGUCCUCAAUUUGCCUGCCUGGUACAAAGCCUGUUCAUCAGAUAUGAGUGUGAGAAAUAGAGGCUUAAGUCUUGUCGCCACUAUUUUGGCAUAGAGUUUUACGUCAGCGUUCAGUAAAGAUAUCGGGUGGAGAUUGGCGCAGAAUGUCGGGGGUUUGUUGGGUUUGGACAACGUUAUUAUGUAGGCUUCUAGCAUCUCCUUUGGAAGUGUGCCUUAGUCUUUAAUAGUGUUAAACAGCGUGGUGAGGUGGGGGGACAGUUGAUCCACUAACUUUAUAUAAUAAUAGUUGGAAAGCCCAUCUGAGCCUGGUGCUUUGUGUUUGGGUAGUGUGGUGAUCGCUUUCCUAACCUCCUCCUCCGUAAACGGGUUCACGAGCAUUGCACAUUGGUCUUGAGACAAUUGAGGUAUUUGCACUAGGUUCAAGAAUGUAUCUAUUUCCUCCCUUGUAGGCUGGUGUGUUUCAGGGUCUAUAUGCAAUUGGUAGAGGGAUUCGUAGAACCCUGCUAGUUCGUUAACAAUGUCCUGAAGAUGAUAUAAUUUUAUCCCCUGUUUGGAUGUAAUAUAGGGAAUUUUAGUUUGCAAUUGCCUCUGUUUCAAUUUAUUGGCCAGUCGCUUGCCUGCUUUAUUUCCUGUACUAUAGUAAGUUUGCUUUAGUUACUGCAUAUGCUGUUCAGUCGUGUGGAGUUGUAGGGAGGUAAGUUUAGUUUUUAAAGUCAUGUGAUUUUUGUGGCGCUGUCUAGUUGGGUUGACUUUGUGUAGGGCUUCUAGUUCUAUGAUUUCUUGUUCUAGUUUAAUUUGUUCGUCGAGGCGUUUUUUAUUAUUUAGGGCGUCCAUUUGAAUAAGGUGACCCCCUACCACCGCUUUAUGUGCUAACCAUUGGGUCGUACGUUGUUUAUGUUCAAAAAAGUAUUGUGCUAGACGGGUCUGCAGGUCAGUUAAAAAUUUUGGGUUGUCUAGUAUUGCUUCAUUUAGCCUCCACGUGCCUCGGCCCCUGGCCGGGUGGGGGGCCUUCAAUAUAACAACCUGUGGUGCAUGGUCUGACCAAGUGAUUGAGCCUAUGUUCGCCCCAAAAGCAUGUCGUAGUGUACUUUUGUCAAGUAAGCACAAGUCAAUCCUGGAAUAGGUCAUGUGUACCUGUGAGUAAAAUGUAUAGUCUCUAUCUGUGGGAUUAAGGAUGCGCCAUGCGUCGUAAUAAUUUUUUGUGUGUAGAAGAUCAGAUAGGUGUACGCCCAGUGAGAUGGCUUUUUGUGUGAGCAGUUUGAGAUGUGAUCUACACAUGCCCACCGCGGGUCAGGGGUGCAAUUAAAGUCCCCGCAUACUAUUGUAUGUCCUAAUUUACAUUGGUCAAUUUUUCCAAGGGCCAUACUUAGGAAGGAUUUCUGGGUGUCGUACAAUGACGCCACUGUGACCUGAAGGCCGUUCAAAGUACCAGAUAUGAUUAUCAGUCUACCGUCCUUGCUUGCAUACUGUUUGUUUAGGGUGAAUGCCCAGUCGUUAUGAAAGUAUAUGGAAACUCCCUUAGAUUUGGUAUCGGUAUAGGCAUGGGUAUAGUUUUUAAUUUGAAACUUGGGGGGAUUGCGUGCGCAGAAGUGGGUCUCCUGCAAACACACAAUUGCUGCCUUGGAUUGGGUCAAGUCGCGUACCAAUAGUCUGCACUUGUGGGGUCUGUUUAGACCCUUUGUAUUCAUAGUGAACACUUUAAGAAGGUCAGCCAUUGUACAAAAACUUAUAGUUGCAUAUUUUACUGGCCAUGUGAUUCCAGGCAUGGGAUAGUGUGCAGCCGUCUUGGGGAUUUGGUCACAAGUUCUUCAUGUGCUUGUGUGGGGAACAUACCCCAUUCUUUGAGGAGAUGCAUUCCCACCUCUGGUUCGUUUACUACGUGGUGUCUCCCGUUUUUCCAGAUGAGGACCUUUGUGGGGUAUCCCCAUCUGUAUGGCACAUUGUGAUUCCUCAGCGUUUUCGUGACGUUGAUAAAUUCUUUCCUCCUAGCCAUUGUUACUGCAGAUAAGUCCGCAAAUAGCUGGAUUUCUCCAUGGGGGUCUAGCAGUUUGGGUAACUUCCUAGCCGCUGCGAGCAACGCGUCUUUUGACUUGUAGUAGUGGAAUCUUACCACUAUGUCCCUUGGUGUGUCUUGGGUGAGCCUUGGAGGUCGUGGUAAACGGUGUGCUCUAUCCAUAAACCAUUCUCCCUCGGCUAUUCCAGGUGAUAGAGAUUUACAAAGGUUCAGAAGGUAUACAUAGUCUGAUGAGACUGACUGGGAUCCCCCUGAAACGAAUAUUAUUCCUCCUCGAGCGGUCUUCCAUGUCUGCUAAUUUCCUUUUGAGUUGCUGGUGUUCCUCUGCUAGAAGAUGCACAGUUUCUGCUAAUUCAUUUUGUGACAAGCUUAUUUCGUCCGUGACUUCAACUGCCAACUGCUGUUCUGAGCGGUAGCAUGGAGUAAGUGCUCCACUCCAUAAGGACCCAAUAGCUUGAUGUUUUGAAGCAAAUAAACGUUGUUAUAACGUAUUUACAAGCCCCUGACUUCACUGAUAUCCAUGGCACUGGCAAAGCAAACCAAAAUCACGGACCCGCUUUGCGGCAAAAAAAAGACUGUGCGCGGCCUUUGCAAGAUGGCGGCGAUAACAGACUUUCGGUCUCACAAGGGGCUGAAGCAAAUGCCACCUCACAGACUUUUGAAGCACAACCUUUUUUGGACGGGAACCACUACACCGAUGCUCCGGUGACUGAAAAAAAGCUCUAUGCCAUGCUGCAGGAAUUUCGUGUUAUAUUGCAGGAAGACUUCAAAAGUGUCACAGGGGAAAUAAGACGGGAAUGGCCGACCUAGGUGAGCGCACCAAUCAUCUAGAAGCCCGCACGGAAGACAUCUGAUGUAUUUUAAUUCAUGCAUUAUGCAAAAAUCAUUGUGUUUAUUUGGUUUCUUUUGCUUGAUGGCCGGUUCGUGAUACCAGAUUUAGAGCCCUUGUCUCAAACUUCCAAGUGGAAGUGGUAAAACUUCUAACAAUACAAUCGGUGGUAUAUUUUUCAUUGGAUCAAUAAAGGGCCAUGUCACUUCUCUGGGAGUAAGACAAUUGGAUAAAGCAUCACUUUUAACCCAUGUUAACCUUUCUCCUGCAAUGCUCUAUUUUCUUUAUGAUUUAGCAGUUAAAAUCUAGUUCAGUCCAGACACGGUCAGAGCACAUGUUCAAUUGCAGAAGUUGAAAAAGAAACGGAAAAUGUUCCUUCCUGGCAAUUGAUUAUCUACUUGUAGAUUUUUUGGUUGUGGGGAGGACUCUGUGCUGAGUGACCAGUUCCGAGGCUGAUUUUUACAUAGUUUAAUUUUUCAGACUUCGAAACCAAACAUGUGUUAACUACAUUAUGCAUAAUAUUAAGAAUCUUGUGGAAGCGGGGGCAUGGCCACAAUGUGCCAUUCCAGACAAAAUAACUCUUAUAUCUUAGCCUUAGGAAGUAAUAGGUGUCCUUACAUUGAUGCUGUAAUCCUUUAAGGUAGGACAAACCAGAACUGCAAUUUUCUGGCUUAGAAAUCCACUUCUCACUUUAUCGCAGCCAGCUGGCUCCAGUUCCUUGCUGAUUGUUACAUAAAACUUUGAAAGUCAAGCAACCAUCUUUUUGGAUCACACUACCCUCUAGGGUCCCUCUAGCAUGUAAGCUUAUUGAGCAGGGCCCUCAACCCCUCUGUUCCUGUGCGUCCAUUUGUCUGGUUACAAUUACGUGUCUGUUAGUCCACCCAUUGUACAGCGCUACGGAAGUUGCUGGCGCUAUAUAAAUAAUAAUAAUAAUAAUGAUGAAGCUCCUGCACAUUUGAGCUAUAUCAAUUAAAAGCACAGCAAGAUUUUUAAGCUCAUCCAAAAUGCCGCCACCUACUGGUCAUUCUGACAUGUGGCACCUUACAGUUCUUUUUUGCCACCCUCAUAGCGUUGCAUCCAGGUAUUGGGUAAGUACAUAUUCUGCGCAUAUUAUCCUCAAAAUAAGACAACUUAUGAUGUCUAACUGAACAUUUUUUUUUUUUUUUUUUGGACAAUGGCCUCAAUAUAAUUUGUUUGUUUGGAUCAGAAAUUAUUUCAUUCUUUUAGCAAAAAGCUUUUCAAAUGGUUUAUCUGCAAAAAUCCCCUUAGAGUUGGUGGGCAAAUUAUUUGAACAAUUUUUUUUUUCUAACCUAAUUGAAUUAAUCCGGAUUAAAACAAAUUUAGUCUAUGCCAAUUUCUGAGAAUCUGUAAUGUUUACAUUUGUUAGUAAACACGCUCCUGUUAGACUGACAGCCCGUAGACGAGCUUCCUCAUCGAAUACCUUUAAAAAUAUGAGUUGUUUACUUUUGGCAUCAUCCAGUCCAGUAUGAUGAUAGUGACUGCUGUCUCCACUUCCUCUCUGUGAGAAACUUUGGAUUGGACAAAGGUCGUCACAACUGAUGAAUUAAUUGAAAGUGCACUAGCUGUAUCAAGAAGUUAUAUACAGGUAAAUACUUUGAUCAGCCACAGCAUUAAAACUACUGAGAGGUGAAGGGAGUAUCAUUGAUUAUUUCGUUACAAUUGCACACGUCAGGGGUGGCAUAUAUUGGGCAUCAAGUGAACAGUCACUUCUUGCAUUUCAUCUUUUAGAAGCGGGAAAAAUGGGCAAGUGAAAAGAUCUGACUUUGAUAAUUGCCAAAAAUUGAUGGCUAGUCCACUGGGUCAGAGCAUCUCCAAUGCAGCACGUCUUGUGGGGUGUUUCCAGUAUGCAGUGGUUAGAACCUACUAACACUGGUGCAACGAAGUACAGCUGUGUACCGGCGUCAUGUUCAUGGACACUCAAGUCUCAUAGAUGCAUGUGGGGAGCUAAGGCUAGCCCGUCUAGUCCAAUCACACAGAACUACUGUAGCUCAAAUUGCUGAAAAACUUAAAGCUGACCAUGAUAGGAAGAUGUCAGAACACACCGUGCAUAGCAGUUUGCUGCGUAUUGGGCUAUGUAGCCACAGACCUGUCCAUGGCCAUGGCCGAAAGCACCUUCAAUGGGAACGUGAGUGUGAGAACUGGACCAUGGAACAAAUGAAGAUCUUGUAGAUCAGGUGGAUGGCUGGGUGCAUGUUCAACGUUUACCUGGGGAAGAAAUAGCUGCAGGAUGAACUGUGGGAAGAAAGCAGACCAGCGAAGGCAGUAUUAUGCUCUGGGAAAUGUUCUGCAUGGAAAACAUGGGUUCUGACAUUGAUGCGGGUGUUACUUUGACAUGUACCACCUACCUAGAGAAUGUUUUAGACCUCAUACACCCCUUAAUGGCAGUGGUGUUCAGUGAUGGCAGUGGACUUUUUGAGCAAGAUAAUGCAACCUGCCACACUGCAAAAUAUGUUCAGGAAAGGUUCUAGGAACAUGACAAAGAGUUUGUGUUGCUUUGGCCUCCAAAUUCCUUAGAUCUCCAUGCAAUCCAAGGAGGCCCCACAUUGCAACUUGCAGGUCUUAAAAGGAUCUGCUGCUAAAAUCAUGGUGCCAGAAACAUGUACUACAGGACACUUUCUUGUGGAGUCCAUGCCUCGAUGCAUCAGAGCUGUUAUGGCAGCACAAGGGGGGACCUACACAAUAUUGGGCAGGUGGCUGACCAGUGUAUAUAUACAUUCUCUUUCUCUCCCCUGCCCAAUUAAUUUCUUUCUGUAUUUCAGCUUACUUCCUGUGCUUUAACCAUCUUCGAAGGCUAAAGAUAUACAAGUUUAUGUAUAUUAAUAGAACAAAACAAUCUUACAUUUUUUAGGAUUUGUUUUAUGUAAUCCAAUCGUACUUUUGUCUUGAUGGAAUUGUCUAUAUACAUCUGUCCAUAUCACAACAACCAUUUGUAUGUGACCAGAAGCUAACCUAGGAAAACUUCCAUAAAGGAAAUAGCCGAAUGGAAUAAGAACGAUUGAAUCAGAAUGUAACCCUUUCCAUGCCAACAGAUGCCAAAACUCACAAUUUGCCUGUGCGGCAGUAAACUGUUUAAAUGCUGUUAGGAAAACCAGGCUGUGGGAACCAGUAGCUUCUCCUUGAUGAGUUCAGAUAGACAUUCUGUAUCCUCAGAGGCAUGCAAAUCUAUCUACAAAUACCAGCCAGUCAAAGACUGUAUCAUUUGUGCUUAUUGUUUUUUUUUAAUGUUUCUAAAUUGCAAGAAUUUCCCUAGCACUGCCACAAAAGCAGAAUGUACCCUUUGUAGGAUAAUCCCUGUGUUUUCACAGCGCAGGGUUCCAAGCACCAGCUGUCAGCCAGCGUGCCUGGGACUCACUCAAGCAUCACCACCUCGAUUAAUUCAAGCUCCAGACCGAUGGUAGGCAUGGGAAUCUGUAACUAAGGGCCCCAUUCAUCCCUCUGUGUCAACAGCCAAAAGAGUGGAAAACUAUUAAUUUGUUUGAUCAGUAGACCGGAGUAUAUCUACAGCAAUUCUUAGUUUAGACAUUCAGUUCCAAAUGUUAAUAAAUCCCACUGAUCCGGGACACCUUGGGUAAUAAAAUCCUCACAUUAUCAUAAAUUAUAUGAUGCACUUCAUCAGUCAACUAGGCCUGAGUUCCUUCAAAUUAAAGUUCUAUCGUUGUGCUUUUUUUUUUAAACAGCAUAACAUCUAGUGACAGUUCCUCAGCAUGUCCUGUUCUCCAUAAAUAUAUCUGUAAAUGAAAGUAGAGUUAAAUGAUUCCAAAGUAUAUCUCAUGUUAUGGGAGGAGCCUGGGGGAACUAAUCAUGCCUUCAGAUGGAUAAAUGAUUCGUUUUCGUUUUUGACUUUGAAGCUUCAUAAGCUAUUGUUGUUUUGGUGCUGGUCAUAUCCCUUUAACUUUUUUUUUUAAAGUGACGCAAAUUAUCUGCUUAUAGCCGCUUUUAGAAAAGUGUCCUCUCCUCCAAUGUGGUCCAAUCCAAUGCUCCUUAUAGAGGAACAUUGGGGACCUAAUGCACAUCGGCGGUUAGUGCUGCUCACGCAUUCAUACUUUCUCAAAGGAAAGCAUUGAAUCAGUGCUUUCCUAUGGGGUUUUUGCUAUAAACCUUGAAUUUCUCGAAAACCGCAUUGUUUUACUGCACCCAGGUCAUCUCAUUGAAAUUACGUUGUCUGGCCGACUAUAGUCUCCUUUUAACUAUUUUGUAUGUAAUCAUGUCACAUUAUCUACCAAUCAAUACAUAUAUACAUUGUUACCCAUAUCAGUGUGCUGCAGAUAUUGCAUUUUUAGAAACCAGAAAUAUGAGACGGUUGUUUUGUAUUUUCACCCAUUAAUCUGAGUAUUCUGAAAAUAAUAGAAUAAUAAACCCCAAUAUUAUAGCAUCACAAUGGAAAUAAUAAUUCCUGUAUGAUGUCGUUUUAUUUUUUGUUUAGGUUUAGAUGAUGAUCAACUUGCCCCUACUUUCUGGAACUCUUUACCGUGUGCAAUCAGAGAGGCACAGUCCAUACAGACUUUAAAAAAAAAAAAAAAAAAGCUAAAGACUCUCCUCUUCCAUCAGGCAUUCAUUCCGCUCAGCUGACCUUCAGAAACUCCUAACUUUUAUGUCUUUAUGUUUGUAUACUUGUAAAGUACUUUAAGUCUCACAGGGAGAAAAACACUAUAAAAAUCGCAAAUUAUUAUUAUAAUAACUUAUAGCUUUCAAUAGCCAUCUACCAUUAAUACUCCCAUUAACCGUAAUAUCUAAGUUGACUGAUGGAGCUGCAUUACUUUAAACAAGCAUUAGACUCUCUGUGGUCACUUGUGAAUGUGCUAUUAUAAAUGUUUAUGUUUAAGGAGUGUUUUCCAAUCCAUGUCUCUCUGUACCCCUAGCAGGAAAUGACCUACUGCUGGACUGCACAGAAGGUGAAGAUUUUGACAAGGAGUUUUCCUUCUUGAAUUUGCAACCCGGUAAUCCACCUGAGCUUGGGUUAGAUGAUCAGGAUAUCUUCGGAGGGACAAUUGCUAGUUCAGAUGAGAGUGGACAGUGGACAAACCAGACCGAAAACUUGGCAGGAUUUCUCCCUUCACAGCUCUUGGACUUGGGUCUGCAAUCUGCAGGAGAAUUCAACAGUGAGUACCAUGCUGAACAAUAUAUUGCUUCAGGCAAUAGCAGAGCUUGACAAGUCAUAUUUCCUCUUUGUGCAAUCUUAGUAUAACUUUUGUUUGUUUGUUUUGUAAUAAAUAAAUUCUAAAUUCUGGUACCAGAGAUAAGCCGGUAAACAGAUAGAUGGGUCACACCACUAUAAUAAAGUACUUUUGAAGAGAUCUGAUGAAUGUUAAUGAUGGCAGUGUUUAGAUGUAGUAGAGCACAUAGAUAUACCCUGGUGGUUGCCAAUAAAUUAGCUAUUUGUGCAGAAUGCCAAAAAUUGUCCUUGUUUCCAGCUCCAAGGAUUUCUAAUUGAAUGCAAUGAUUACUAGCAUCUCGUUGCAAAAUGUAGUUGGUCUAGGGCAGGCAAGUUUCCAUACACCCUGUUUCUGAAAUCUAUUUACAUUUUAUUGUGCAUCCUGUUACCAAUAUUUUGGCAUGAGCACUCUGAUAGAUUAUGAAAUAUAAUAAAAGCUAGAGAGACGGUGCACUUUUAGAAUUCCAUAUCUAUUGUCGUUAACAGUGCAUUAUGAAAAAUGCUUUGCAAGACAACCCAGCCUGCAUGUCAGCACUAUUUCACUCUCAAAAAGAACUGAGAAGCGUCAGACAGCAAAAGUUUAAAGAUGAGUGUUGCUUUUUUCAGGUUGGACGCUUACAGAUCUAUCUUCAGGCAACUCUGAUCCUAGUAGUCAGGGUUGUCCUCAAAAGCACACACCCGACCCACAAGGCUCUGGUAAGUCUCAUAAUGACAUCUCAAGGGAGAGACAUUACUACUUUAAGAUUUAAUUUCUCUAACUUUUAUUACAGGUCUUAAAAUUCCCUCACUAUCAGUUUUAACUUGUUUUGAUCACGUGUGUUCGAGAGAAGCAGGACACUUCAUACAUGGAGAAGAAAUACAUGGGGUCUGUGGUACUAAAAACCCAUAUUGGCCAGUUGUGCAACACACCUAGAACUGAUGAGAAAAAUCCAGUAUCGCUGGUAUAUGGUACCGGACAGACUGGUGCGAAUCUACCCGAACACUACUAGCUCCUGCUGGAGGUGUUUACAGGAAACGGGAACAAUGUACCACAUUUGGUGGACUUGUCCCAAGAUCAAGGGAUACUGGUGUAUGGUGGGAGACGUAUUAUCAGGCACAUUUUGGAUGGGCAUCACACUCACACCUGAUACAUGCCUUCUAUUCAUGCCACUGGAAAACAUCUCUAAACCGGCCUCUACUCUACUCUUCCACGUCCUCAUGGCUGCAAACUUGCUGAUAGCCAGAGCAUGGAAAUCUACAGAAAUACCGGGUCGUAAUGCCCUUACAGUGCAGAUCACCCUGAAUCUGGACUAUGAGUCAAUGGCCCAUAAGCAUAUUAGCCCAAAAAAGCAUAUACAGAAAGCGGGAAUCAUGUGGCACACCUACAUUAAAACUCAAACACACACGGAACAUACCCACACCCCAUGCGCACGUGACCAAGGGGGAGAGGCGGGGUAAGACGUAACAACACGGGACACUACCUGUAGGGCUAUUAUUACAUGACAAACUAAACAUGACGCAAAACCUCUGGUACAGAGGUUCACCACCGGGGGCAAACGAAGGAGGCGGGACUGGGCGCUAGAGGAGUGGGGGGGCGGAAAUCUGGGCUGGACUCGGGGCUCUCGACCCAAGAUUCACAAUAGGCAACUCAGCACACUUGGCAAUGGCAAUCAACAAAGACACCGGGCACUCUGUGGCUUCCGAACACGGGGGCUUCACCCUAAAUGAUGGGACCACCCUGAUAAGAGACUGAAGAAGCAAGCCUCUUCUGUAAAUAGUUACCCCCCACCCCCAUACCUCUUCCUUUAAAAUUCCCUCCUCCCCCCUGUUUAAAAAAAAAAAAAAAAAAAGAAAAGAAAAAGGAGCCAAGCGGUCAGGCGGACUUGAGGGAGGAACAGGGAGGUAAUGGAUACAUCUGAACACCACCUCUAGAAGGGAGACAUAAAAGCAUUGCUACUGCUAUGCAAGCACACGCAAAAAAAAAAAACUGUCUGUCUUAGUUAAGCUACCAUCACCAGAAACCCACCUGACUUGCCGAUGGUUAUGUCUUGCGUAGACACCUGAGGUGAGCGGAGCAGCAAGACAAGGUACAAAGUAGACACGAUAAGAAACACAAGGCCUGAGAUCAAACCCUACAUGGCAUCACUCGUUCAGACAGGCCACCCCGUACCCAGCCGCUAAGCCCAAGACGAUAGGCACCUCAUUAAUCUUUCGUAUAGCACAGGAUUGAAAGUAUGCAUGUACUAUCGAACAAUAAUUGUAAUGUGUGUAUCUAUUGGUAAUGCAAUGUACCCUCUGGGUUAAGGUACCCGACCCUCCCUUCUUCUUUUUUGUACCCAAUUGCCUUUUUGCUGACUCAAUAAAAACUGUCAAAUUGAAAAAAAAAAACAAACCCCAUAUUGGGGUGGUCCCACCACUUUUGGACAUUUGCAAGGCACAUCUAGAUUUUCAUUUAAAUCAAGUGUCUCUCUCCAGGAGCAGUGAGAAAAUUAGUUGUCAAAUUAAUGUCAAAUACUAAUUGGACUUUUCAUAUAGCAGCUCGCACACAAAAGUGGCAUCACUCCCAUCCAACAGAUAUUAGAAAGAAAGAUUGGGCACACAGAUGCCAUCCUGAAGCAAACUUUAUUGGCUCAUGGAGCAAUGGCUGUACAAAAGAGUCUUUCUCAAGUCUGACAAUAAAAUCUGCUUCCGGAUGACCUCCGUGAGUCCUGUCCUUUCUUUCUAGUGUCCAUUAGAGCAGUGAGAAUAGUCUGAAAUCUGGACACAAGCAUCUACCUAUACAGAUGAAACAUAGUAUUUAAAAAUGCCAUGUGCAUUUCAAAUAUAAGCUUUGCGUCUAUAAAGGGAACAUGACAAAUGUGAUUAUUACAUUUUUAUGAAUAACAUUAGUUUGACUUUAAAAUAUCAAUAUAUAAAUAUAUACCAAGAUAUUAUUGUGCACAUUUCACUUUAAUUCUUUCCAAGCACAAACAAUGACUUGUAACUAUGUGUAGCAAUUGCCAGAGAUGCCAAUAUUAUCUUUUUCUUUUCGUGGUAAACUUAUCCCCGUCUGGCACUGUGCAUCUAGCAUGAUUCUGCUGUGAGCAAUGUGGCUCGACCAGUUUCUUUUUAACCCGGUCUCAUUCAGGAAAGGCACUUGGUAUGAUGUCCACAGCUCUGUCUGUUUUUUUUUUUUUUAAGCCAAUCCACUGUUCAUGUUCUUUCUGUCUCUUGCAGACCAAAGGACCAGGAAGAGGGACAUGUCUGCAUGGUUAAAUAUGUUCGCAGAUCUAGACCCUCUUGCAAACCUAGCAACCGCUAGGCACUCGGACGAUGAACUUAUCAGCGCAUGA